GAGAGCACACACCUCCUCGCUGGCUUCACACGCUCCGACGCCUGGGCUCCCCGAGCCUGCCUGCCUUUUUGCUCCUCUCUUCCCCCCUCCUCUCAACUCUUUCUUGGAUUAUACAAGUCGCUCUCAAACAUGGGGAACAUGGCUUGCGUCCCCCAGGCACCUGGCAGGUUCCGAUACUCCUUCUCCAGGAAACCGUCGCUUCGGAAAGAGUGAGUACGCCGCAAUCUUUCCUUUUAAGUUUUCUGUGCUGCUGCUGCUGCUGCUGUCUGCGUGUUUUGUUCUCUUAAAAAGAAAGCCUCAUUGGGAAUAAAAUUCCCUUGCUGGGUCUCGCUUUCUCCAAGAAAAGUCAGGCACUGUGUGCAUGUCCGUUUCCUUGAGAUUUAUCAUGACAAGUGUUACAGUACCUCCACACUUCUCAUAUCGCACGCAAAGAAUUUGGUGGAGUUCUUGGAAUAAAGGACGGUGUCUGGUGUGUGUCUGUGUGUGUGGAGAGACAACAGUUCCUUUAUUUUAAAUGGGUGUGUGUGUUUUUUUUGUUUCCUUUGGAGUAGCACCCCUGACAGGUUCAGUUUAAUUGAAUUGUUUUAAAAAUUAUAUCCCACUUGAGAAUUAAAAGAUUCGAGUUAGAUUGCAAAAGGUUAAUGUGCUGGGCAGUCCUAUGCAGAAUAAUUCAUAAUAACACAGAGCAUAAAUUUAAAGCAACCCCCCCCCCAGUAAUUUACCUUUCACAGAACUACAUUUUCCAGCACUGUUAAACUACAGUUCCCAGGAUUCUUCAGGGAGGACAAUCAGCUUUAAAUACAUGGUGUGUACGCAAUCUUUGCUCUCCAGUAAGUGUGUUUUUGUCUAGUUAAAAUAACAAUAGCCAUUUAACAGAAGUUUAAGAUACAAUCUCUAGGAAGACGAGCAUUUCAAAUGAACUUUUAAUUCAAAGUCUCACUCGAUAAAACUUUCCCUCGCUUAUAGGCAGUGUUAGAAAGUUAUCCCUUUCCUCAGGACUCACUUAGGAAUUAUAAUCCUAAAUAUUUACUGCUAUUUUGGGGGCGUAUUUCUAUGUUCGAAACAGGGUGAGCCCCCAAACUGGCAAAUGGCGUGUAAUCAAGGGAACUAAUAAAAGUUUUGAACAAGACAAGGGUGUUUAAUUUUUUAUAUAUCUUUUACUUCACUACAUAAUUGAAAUCGGUUUCAGAAUUCCAGUGAAAUAGUAACUUGCUUCACCAUAGUUUCCCUACAUGGAUAGCACUGCAUGUAGAUUGUGGCACACAACUGAUUUCACUGUGUGCUAUGUACAGUGUACCCAGUGAAAUUAGAGCCUUGUGGCACAUUUAAUGGCUCGCAAAUUUAUAGUAGUGUGAGAUGUUGUGGACUACAGCCCACAUCAUCAAGUGAAGUGGGCAUGAAUUCUGAGAACAUAUGCCCCAAUAAAUCUGUGAGUCUUCAAGGUGCCCAAGUCUUUGUGUCUGCUGUGGCUACCCCUCUAGAAGUUGUCCCAGCAAAAUGGACAACAUGCACAUUAUGCGAUCAUUGCUGAUAAGCCCUGUGUGCUAUUUCCUACACAGAACCACCCUCUGUGUAGGAAUGUCAUGCUAUUUGAAGUGUGGGCUUUACGUGGAUUAGUCUAUCUGAACACCAGAACCUCCUGUUGUAGGCUUUCUGCUCCUGUUCUACCUUCGAUACCGAUCGAGUUUGAAAACUUCAUGGCAGCAGAAGGGCUUCACAACAGCACUUUAAAAAGGGAGAUUUCAUAAUGCGUUCACAAAACUAGCUCAGCUUUGCAAUGGAAAGGACAACAAAAAAGGGAUGUGGUUGAGCCCCCUGCCAUUCUCAUGGUUUUCCCACCUCACAGUUCCCACCAGACAAAAUCUAGCCUUACACAGAACCAGCACAGUAAAACUAAGUGACUGUUUGUAUAUGUGGAGGAGGAAUGGGAAACUAGGCCAAAUUCCUUGGUGCCAACAUGGUUGGAAUUACAAUCCAGGGAUAAUGUGCCUUUUUCGGAUUUUUAAGUGCCCAAAUGACCAGGCACCUGGGCUUUCUUUCUUUAGGUGUCUAUGUGGGUGUAAACAUACAGGCAGGAACCCUGAAACUGAUGCUGGUAAUUGUGUAAAGGACUGUGGCUCCGUGGUGGAGCAUCUAUUUUGUGCUAGUUUCAAUCCCCAACAUCUCUAGGUAGGACAGGGAAUAUCCCUCCUGAAACCCUGGUGAGCCACUGACGGUCAGUGCAGACGAUACUGAGCUAGAUGGAUCAAGGGUCUUAGUAUAAGGCAACUUCCUAUACACAAAAUCCAGACUUAAACAUGUUACUGAUUGCACGAAAAAUCAGGGGAUUUGUGGGCAAAUGCAAAAUCACAUUGCAUGUUGAAAAUGCUGUGUGUCCAGGCAGUGUCCCCAAUGCCCUUCAAGCCAUUUGGGUGGAAAAUGCCAAUAUGAUUGCACAUUGUAUCCACUUGACGUUGUUAGGUUUUGGUGGCGCCGAGAUGAGUGGUUGUGAAUUAGUGGAGCAACACACUUCCCUCUUCCCUCUCCAGAAGAGAAUUAAAGCAUCAUCAACAAAAGAGUUCAUAGACUUCCGUAGAAUUCAUAGAACUCUUUUGUUGAUGUGGCUUUAAUUCCCUUCUGGAGAGGGAAGAGGGAAGUGCAUGAUGGGAUAUCACAGGAAGUAAGAGCACUUCAUGGGCAUCCCUGGCAAGAGGUGUGACAUUGCAAACCACAAGUUCUGACACAUCAAAGAAAACUAACACAUACUGCAAAAUGGAACAAAUGGAACAUAUGCUAAGGUGGUUUUGUAUUUGUAACCAUAUUUUGGGGCAUCAGUGUCUGCCCUUAAGAUCAAUAGGCCUCAUUUCCAAUCACUUGAGUUUCUUUUUCUUUCUAAAAUUUCUGUCUGCUUCUUUGCUUUACCAAGAGAUGUUUGGGGAUGGGGGCUUUGCAAAAAUUCAAGGUUAGCAACAGAUGCUGGGCCUGUCUGUUUUGUUUAGGGUUGCAAGUAACGCUACUCAGGUUAGCUGAUCAGUGCUACCAGACGGUAUGUGAAGACAAGGGGUCCCCAGCUGAAUAUUUUUUGGGUGUGUGUGGAGGUUUGCAACCUGUGGCACUCAAGUGAAAGUACAGUAGUAAUAUGGAGAGCAAAUGGAUGGUUUGAAUGUUCUUUACAGGACAGAAUUCUCUAAUAGAAUACACUUCAAGUAUAGGGAAUGGCACAAAAUUUACAUGCACACACCGUGGUGUGACUGCAAGAGAUGCAUUGAAUGGUGCAUUAACAACCUAUGGAACUCACUGCCUCAGGAUGCUGCAGUUGACACUAGGUUGAAAAGCUUUAAAAAGAUAUUGACAAAUGAAUGGAGCAGGAUAGGUCAAUUGACAGCUAUUGCUCACAUUAGUGAAAUAAUAUCUGUGUACACAAACACUCACACAUGGGGUUUGCAGUAGUCUUUGGGGUUUUUUUCAAUUAAAAAUAUAUAUGUUGGGGGAGUGGCAACUGUCUUUCCACAUCACAUAUUUCACUGGAAUUUGUUGCUACGAGAGUAGUGAUAGCCACCAACUUGGAUGAGGAUUAGAUAACUUCAUGGAGGAUAACGCUCUCAGGGCUACUAGCCACAAUGGCUAUGUUGCCUCUAGUACUAGAGAUGGCAUAUUGCUGGGGAAGAAGGGUGGAAGGUCACAGGGCGGAUUACAGCAUAAAAAUACUAAAUUGAAAAACUAAAUACAUAACAUAAUAAUAAAUAAUAAUAAGCAAAAAACCAAUAACCCCGCCUCCUACAAACACGUUUAAAAGGCCAUAGAUGGUUUAAUUAGCCAAUGGCCUGGUUAUAGAGAAACGUUUUUGCCUGGCAUCUAAAGAUAUGUAAUGAAGGCGCCAGGCGAGCCUUCCUGGGGAGAGCACUCCACAAGUGGGGAGCCACCACAGAAAAGGCCCAUUCCUGUGGUGCCGCUCUCUGGACCUUUCAAGGAGGAGGCACACUGAGAAGGGCUUCAGAUGAUGAUCUCAGGGUCUGGGUUGGUUCAUGGGGGGGGUAGUCCUUGAGGUUUUGUGGUCCUGAGCCGCUCAAGGCCUUAUAAGUCAAAACCAGUACAGUACAUUGAAUUGGGGGGGCCUCCAGAAGUUGCCGGUCUCCAACUCCCAUCAGCCCCAGCCAGCAUGGCCAUUGGUUAGGGAAGAUGGGAGUUGUAGUCCAACAACAUCUGGAGUUCAGCAGUUUCCUCACCCCUGGUUUAAAUAUGCUGAGUGGCAAGCAAUCAGUGUUAAGUGAUCUGGAGUCUGUACCCAUAAGAUGUGUCUGGCUGCAUACGUGUGUGUGUGUUUGUGUGUGUGUGUGUGUGUGUGUGUGUGUGUGUGUGUGUUUAAGAAUACAAUCUCCUGUUUGCAAAUGAGGAAUGCAACAGCCCCUUACAGAGAAGCAUUUGCUUCUACUGUGUGGAGUAGCAUGAAGGAUGCAUGUGAAUAAAACAAGAACAACAAAACAAAAAACACCAAUCAUCAUGCAGCAAAAAUGUUGUAAUUUGCUUUCAAGAGCCGAAACUAUGUUGACUGAGAGUGAUGGUGGGUGGGGAAAGGGGAAUACCUCCAUGACAUCAGCUGGCACCUGGGCACCAACAAUGCCUUUUAAUGGGGUCUGAGUCACUGCUGGUGUCACCUUGAAGGGAGAAUCAGGGAUAGCAGGAAUCGUUAUUUAAAUGGUGCAAUAAGACUGUUGGUUUUAGCCAGGGGGAAUGCUAUGUGGAGCCCUAAUCAGGGAGCAAAAAUGACUUAGGAUUGUUUCUAAAGCUAUGCCUUUACUCAGAGUAGUCCUGCUGAAGUUAGUGAAUAUGACUAAGGCCGUGAACACACUGGGCAGAACCACGAUACUUUCGAAGCACACCCAUUUCAAGUACACGACAGUCACCCCUCAAACCCUGAUAACUGUAAUUUCCUCCUAACAGAACUACAAUUCCCCACACCCAUAACAAACUACGGUUCCCAGGAUUCCUUUAAGAAAACUAUGUGCACUGACCUUUAUGGUGGCUAACACCAUAUGUACACUACUUCCCAAAUCAGUGGUAGCAGCACACUGGAAGUAAUUGGAGUGUGGAGGUCAAUUAAUUUCAAUGGGUCUGCUCUGUGUAAGACAUGGUUGGUUACAACCUUUAGGGCUGCACUGAUUUGCUUGUUGGUGUAGUGUGUGGGAGAGAAAUCACUUUUACUGAUUUAGCUAUCGUAGGUAACUUUUACGAACCAGUGCUGUUGUGCUCAGAUCCUGCUUUUGGACUUCCCAUAGGCAUCUGGUUGGCCUCUGUGAGAACAGGAUGCUGGACUAGAUAGGCCUCUUGCCUGAUGCAGCAGAUUCUUAUUUGUUUUUGGGUACUGUAUCCAUGUGUGGGUGUGGGUGUUUUCACCCUGCAGCAAUAGUUGCAACAGUGGCCUUGAGAAAGAGAUUCUGAGGCAGAACAUGGGGCCUGUUUCAAUCCCCAUCAUCUCCAGGUAAGGCUGGGGGGGAAAUGUCUGAAAACCCUGGAGAGCUGCUGCCACUUAGUGUAGACGAUAUUGAGCUUCCAUACUACUUACGUUAAAGUUGCAUCAUCUUCAAACUCAUGUGUUCUGAGAGAGCGUGCAUGCCUCAUCUUUCUUUUAGAGAACUGUGAAGAAGAAAAAGGAUUACCUUAACACUCUCCUUGGGAAAGACAGAAUCCUUUGACCAUCCAUGAUGAGGAAUGAGACCGAACGAAGCAUUCCUUUGUGGAAGGACAAAUGAAACAAAGCCCCCCCCCCCAAAAAAAAAACCCAAGGAGAAAUUCACUAAGCCUAAAUGUUAUUGAUGGCCAGCUGUUCAUUAGGUCCGGACACUUAAAAGCCUUGUGAUAAAAGUUGCUAAUUCCACCCUGAUGCGUUGCUGAUUUGAUUUGUUUGCUUGCUUUGAUCUCGCCUGACUCUUUUUUUUUUUUUUAAUUGCUUUUCAGACAAGAGAGCAAAAAAAAGCUAGCCAGCCUUUUUGGUUUUGAACCAGGACAAGAGAGGGAUGUUACCUCAGACAAGAUACUCCAAUAUAUUCCUGGCCAGGUAAGUGCUCUGAGAUCUAUAGUGAUCUUAAUUUGAAUAAUGGUGGUGACAUUUCUGCUAUCCAAUGUUUUGUGUGUCUUCAGGCCCUCUUUUAAUCUUGGACAUCCUGAGAUGACAUAAGUGACUAUUGUAUUCCGUUUACAAACGAGAAACCGAGGUUGUGAUAGGGACUUGAGCAAGGCCACUCACUGAGUUUGUGGCUGAGGAGAUGCAAUUUGUAAGCACAAAUCCUCAACCCGCAAAUAAAAUUGCUUUUGCGCGCUCUAACGCGGUCUGGUUUAAACUAGUUAAGCCAGCCUGGUUUAAACAGAUUUUCAUGCUGUGCCCCAAUGAGUUUUUGGAAAUGGAAGGAUUGGCAUGCCUGUUAUAGGGAGAGUUAACAGCUUUGUCAAACUACAGUUCCCAGAGGUCUUAAGGAGGAAAGCCACAGCUGACUUUUAGGAAAUCUAAAAACAUCAUCAUCAUCAUCACCUUUAUUUUAAUUAUCAGGGUUCUUCUAUGGAUGACAGUCUUUAGAAUUGUUUCACUGUGAAAGUCGCAGCAUGACUUCUGGCCAACCAGUGGGUCUGCUAUUGUCAUCAUGACGCACAAGAGCUUUUAAUUACCCAUGAUUAAAAAAUAAAACAAAUUAGCCAGCCCACAGUCAAUAUUUCCCUGCCCUGAGACUUUUUAAACAAGAAUUCAGAAUGGGGAUCAGGGCUGUAUAUAUACCUUGACACAUUUAAAGCAAACUCCCCCUCACCCAGACAAAAGAAUCCUGGGAACCAUAGUUUACCUUCACAAAGUUACAAUUCCCAGCACCUUUAACAAACUGCAGUUCCUAGUAUCUGAGGGUGUGCUUUAAAUGUGUAAAGGUGUGUGUGCAGCCCAGAUCCCUUCUCCAUUGAGGAAUGUUUGCUUGUUCUCAUGCUGUAUUUCCCUGGGUGGAGAUGGUGACAGAGCCCUGUCACCAACCUGUAUAUCUGGAGUUAUGACUACAAAAAGGUGGGGAGGAAGGGAUUGUGCUGCUCUCCCUGUUCUUUUGAGAAAGCAGGAAGCUAGUUGAUGGAUUAGGCUGAUUCAUCCUUCCCAGGGUGCAAAAGUUGGUAAUUCUGUAACGCACACAGAUGGCUCCACAUGAAACGUACCUAGGGUCCCUUGUGCCCUUGGCCAAGGAGCUGUAUCAGCGGCAGUGCCCCAACCCCCCAAAAAAUCACUUUACUGCAAUGGCCAAGAAUCCAAGGCAGACUCAGAGAGGGCUUCUGGAAAUGUUGGAUCAAACCCACAAGUAGAUUUUACUGCCACCUUUUCCCUCACCCUCGGAUUUGUGCCGGGAGCAGUUUUGUUUGUCCUCCCUUAAUGUUCUCUUUCCACCUUGACUGUAAAUGCUGCACUUGCAAAAAUAUUACCAAUGUCUGUUUUGUUAGGGGAAACAUUGAGCUAGGCCUUGUAGGAUGCACACAAGAGACAACCACUCCAUGCAGUUAGAGCACAUUCAAAGAACAUGGCUUCCUCCCCACAGAAUCAUGGGUGAUGUAUUUUAUUAAGGGUGAUGGGAACUGUAGUUCUGUGAGAGAUGAACUUCGGUUCCCAGCAUUCUUUGGGGGAAAUCAUGCACUUGAAACAUGUGAUGUGGAUGUUAAUCUACUAGGUGAACUACUUUUCCUACACGCAUGAGGCAGAUGUGUCCAGCCUCCUCUCCUGCCCCACUGAAGUGCUUUUUUCUGUGACACGGUGACGCUGCCAUCACAAUGAAAUAGCCUUUUGCCUGGAGUCUUUAAUUUCCAUGUUUUGUAGGCCAUAGUCAACGUCUUCAAAGGGGUGAGACCCACCCCAAGCUAAGAGAUGGCUUGAGCUGAAAGCCCCAUCAAUUUGCUGUGUGGGGAUAUGCUUACAUGUUUGGAAAGGAGUAGAAUUUAUAUGCAGUAAUUAGCAUCUAUAGUGCUUUAGAGAGUUUAAAGAGCUUUACAUACUAUAGAUUGCUCAGGAAUUCCACAACAACAUUCUAAAUGAGGUGCCUGUACUCUGCCUAUAAUGCAAAUGGAAGUGGGGCUCGAGGUGGACAUUUAUUUAUUGCAUUUAUAUCCCAUCUUUCCUCCAAGGAGCUCAAGGUGGUAUAGAUGGUUCUGCCUCUCUUUCAUUUUAUCCUCACAGUGACUCUGUGAGGUAAGUUAGGCUUAGAAACAACUACAGGCCCAGGGAGUUUCAUGACUGGGAUUUGAACUGUGGUCUCCCGGGUCCUGAUUGAACACUCCCAACUACUGUACCACACUGGCUCUCAAAAUGAGUGAGAGACCCUGUUGGCAUAUUAUACCCGUGUUCCAAGAUCUCCACUGGUUGCCAAUUUGUUACCGGGCCAAAUUCAAUGUGCUGCUCUUGAAAUAUUUAUGUUUGUUUUAUUUAUUUAUUAAAUUUGUACGCCACCUUUCAUCCAUAGAUCUCUGAGUGGUUUGUGACAUUAAAAAUACAAGAUAAAAGCACAAAAUAUAUAAUAAAAAAGGGGGGAAGGGAGGAAAACCCACAAACCAAUAACCCACCUCCCCUCAACACUUCAGGAACAGUUUUACUUGAAGGCUUGCCUUAUUCCAUGGGUGCCUGCUUGCACAGCCACAAAUGCUGUAUAAUGUUACAGGGUAUAUAACAUUAUACAGCAUGGGGGGGGUGCACCUAGUCUGUGGUGCUCCUUGCCCAUUAACAUACCGUACUGUGUUUGACGCCUGCUAAAAACGUUUAGGCAAACCUACCCAGAUAUGUACAUUUUCUGUUUUGAAAUUGGUUGGCUUUAUUUAUAUUUUGACCAUGUUAAUAUGUCUACUUGUUUUGACAUUUUAUCUAUAUUUUCUUAUGGAUAUUUUAUAUUGUUUUAUGCAAACUGCUUAGAGGGUUUAUUAUUAUUAUUAUUAAGCAAUAUAUACAUCUUAUUAAAUAAAAAUAAAUAAGUGUGCAUUGAAUAGGAACUUCAGUCUUUUAAAUACUGUUAUGAGAUCUUUAAGGAUUCUGCCUUGCAUCCUUUAACCUUAAUCUGUAGAGUGUUGCGGCUGGUUGUUGUUACAUGCGCAUGCAUGCACGCAUAAACACACAUGUGCACACUGUUAAGAACAUAAGACCCUCCUGGAUUAUGCCAAUGGCCCAUCUAGUCCAGCAUCCUAUUCUCACAGUGGCCAGCCAGAUGCUUAUUGCCCAGAGUAGGGUGGUAAUUUAUAUUGAAUAACUCACAUGGAGUAUCAUGAUGGGUCAAAUGGUGUGUUUACAUCAGGCAUAGGCAAACUCAGUCCUCCAGAUGUUUUGGGACUACAACUCCCAUUAUCCCUAGCUAACAGGACCAGUGGUCAGGGAUGAUGGGAGUUGUAGUCCCAAAACAUCUGGAGAGCCGAGUUUGCCUAUGCCUGGUUUACAUUGCCUAUAGCUGCAAUCUUCUGUGCAUUUACCCUGUAAAGGCUCAUUCAGGCAUCCUUUUUAUUCUGUGUUUAUGAUGAUUUGUGCUCACGAGGCUAUUGGGGCAGUCCUACACUAUCCCACAUUAAAUACUGCUUCUGUCUGUAAAAGGUUUGGGGGCAGGCAUAGUGCUUCAUUUCCACUCCUGUACCUUUCUGCUGAAAUCCUGUAACUUUUAACUCCACAAAUGUUCUGUAUGAGUUUUCAUCACACUUCUGUUGCACUAUAGCCCCUCUAGACAGCAAUAAUGUUGUAGUGUUGCAGAACAACUGAUAAAUUGGGAUAAAUACACCACUGACACAUUGCAGAAUUCACCCGCAAUAAAAUAUCAGUCUGGAGUUGCCCCAAGGCCCUCGAAAAUAGUGGAACUUGCUUCUGGAGAAAAAUCGAUACGAUUGUGCUGUAAUGGAGGAGUUAAUGUUGGUGCUCAUGUCAACUCUAUCAUGCCACACAUUAGCUACAGCAGUUGUAGUAAACCUGCAACUCCACCAGUAACAAACAAUUGCGUAUAUGAGGGUUAUAUAUACUAUCAGUGAGAUUGUGAAAGGAUGACAGGGUCCUUAAUACCAGGUGAUAUUGUGUGUGCCUGAGGCAGAGAAAAGAUAGAGUGAAUUACCUUUGGCAAAGGCGGAAAUUCGGGCCCAUAGCAGUUGGGGCCUUGACCGAUGUCAACCACUUCCUGUCUUGCUGCAUUUCCCAAGCACAGUGGCACAUGCCCUGGGGCAAAAACAACAUUGACUCUGUGAGGAAGGAAGAGAAGUUUAGAUAACAAAUAUUAUCUCCACCACACUUUUUUUUAAUAUGUCUUCAAGGAGACGCUUAAUUCAGAGCCGCCCCCCCUUGUGACGCAAUAGCCUGUCCAAAGUUGACAUGGUGGCCAUCCGUGGUGAUUAAAGUAUAAGUCACUGGAUUCUCCGUUCUAGCUAAGGUCUGAGGGAGUUUAAUUUUUAACUAGCCUCACCUAUAGCUGAGGCGGAGCAAAGCGAGACAUGUCGGUGCGUGUCUUGCUUGAUCAACCUCCAGCUAGGAACUGGGCUUCAAAAUCCUCUCUCUCUCUUUCUCUUGUGAGGUGCUGAGAGAAACCCAAAAUGAUCAAAACCUCCGCUUGGAGCAGUGGGGGGGGGGCAUGAAUGAGUGUCUGUGAGAAAUACAAACAGCCCAGAGGGGUGGAAAUACUGCUGAGUGAUGAUAAAGGGAGUGAAAAAACCCCAAACUCUGGUUUCUUCCUAUUUAGGCCACCAGCCAAAUGUCUUCUGCCUGAAGGCCCUUGAUAAUAUUCCAUUAGUGUGUGUAGGAGGUUAGUGCUUUGUACAUUUUUGGUACGGUGAGCAGGUUCUGCAUGCAUUGUAUCCAGUGCUAGUCCUAUUCAGAAGUGAAACCACUGAAAUGAAUUUCAAUAGGUCUACUCUGAGUAGGACUUUAGGCCCCAUCUGUGCCAUACACAUGUGCCCACUCAACCACUUCAGUUGUCUAUAGGUGCCACAUACGGUAAUACCCAUUUUGCAUUUGUAAGAACUUGAUUGUUUAGUCAAUCAAGCAGCAGCACAUGGGCAUAGCCAGGGGAGGAUGUUGCAGCUCCCCCCCCCCCCGAAUCAGUAAAAAUCAAUAAAAAUACAUAGCUAACUGAGGUUCUGCCCCCCCCCCCAAAAUCUUGGCUAUGCCCUACACUUUGGAACUCCCUGCUUAUUGAGAUCAAACGGGCGUCUCCACUGUACUCUUUUUGGCACCUGCUGCAAACAUUCCUGUUUCGAUGAGCCCGCCCAAAUGCUUAGAAGGUUGAGGUAAUUUUAAUCUGUUUUAGCGUUUUAACUUUUGCACUUUAAAAAGUAUGCCUGUGGUUUCCCCCCCCCAUUGUUUUUAUUGUUUUAUUACUUCGAAAACAGCUUUGAGGGGUUUUUUUUUACACUCAAGCGGUGCAUACAUGAAAUAAAUUUUUAAAAAGAUUUUAACUGCUCUUAUACCGCUUAAAGUAAUUAUGUCUUCCCCAAGAACCAUAGUGUGCUGAGAGUUGUGAGGAGACCGCCUGUUUCCCUCACAGAGCUACAAUUCCCAGAGUUCCAUGGGAAGAGGGAUCAAUUGUUAAGCCACUCUGGGAACUGUAGUUCUGUGAGGGCAAUGGGGGGUUUCCUCACAACUCUCAGUGUCCUUAACAGUUCCCAGGCUUCUUGGACGGAAGGGCAAUGCCUGUUUAAAGAGUUAUGGGGCCUUAGUCGGGUACAACCUAUUAGUAGAAGAAUUCUGGAAGAUUCAGCACAGACAGAAGUGCUUCUUCACACAGCAUGUAGUUAAAUAAUGGAACUACAGUGGUACCUCGGGUUAAGUACUUAAUUCGUUCCGGAGGUCUGUACUUAACCUGAAACUGUUCUUAACCUGAAGCACCACUUUAGCUAAUGGGGCCUCCCGCUGCUGUCGCGCCGCCAGAGCACGAUUUCUGUUCUCAUCCUGAAGCAAAGUUCUUAACCUGAAGCACUAUUUCUGGUCUGUAACCUGAAGCGUAUGUAACCUGAGGUACCACUGUACCGGUAUAUACCCUGCGAUAAGGCAGGAGUGGCCAGUCUGUGACCCUCCAGAUGGGCAGCAUAUAAUAAUAAUAUUUUUUUUGCUGGAGUAUGCCUUCCAUCGGCCCUAACCAUUGGCGCUGCUGGCUGAGGCUGAUGGGAGUUUUGCAGCCCAACAACACCUGGAGGGCCACACAGGUUCCCCAUCCCUGCCUUCACACAUUAACAUUAAGAGCUUGAGGUUAUUCAUCUGUUUCCCACAUACCUUUGGCGUCCAUUUGCUAUUGUCUUUCUUUACCCCCUGCUUGGGUUAUUCUGAUAAGUGAUGGAGCAGGAAAUGACCUCAGAUUUCCACUGAUGGUGUUAUGAUUCACCAGUUAAGACACUACCUAGUGUGAAGGUGCCUCUGUGUGUGUGUGAAUAAUAUAUUGCUGCGAUCAAUUUGCAUUAGGCAAAUUGAGAUAAAUUAUCUCAACUGAUAUUGGAAUUUCCCCCCUCUUUCCUCUGUUUAUUUACCCAUUUGUGAUGCAAACUGCUAGAAGUAGUGCUAUUAUGAGAAGAUUUCCAGAGGGUUAACUGCGUAAGUGUCCUGCAGUGAAAACAAUCAAGAGUAUCGUGGCACCUUUUAACAAAGGUAUUGUGGCAUAAGCUUUUGUGGUCUGAGCAUCUAACAAAACUGUUUGAAUGCACAAAAGUACGUGUUUUAAUAUAUUUAUGAAGUCUCUUUAAGGUGCCAUAAGACUCCUUGGUGUUUUUACUGAUGUGAGGUUUCAGCUUGACUGGAAUUUUGUGAGAAUUCCAGAACCAUUUAUUAUUUCAUUUUUAAGAACACUUCACAUCUCUCACUUUUGUAUUUUUUGUAUAUAUUGUAAGCUGCCUUGAGAACUUUCCAGUUGGUAAAGAUAGAUAGGCAGCAUUUCAAGCACUUGACUUCCCUAAAGAAUCCUGGGAAUUGUAGUUUGUUAAGGGUACUGGAAACAGUAGUUCUGGGCAGGCGGGUAAAUUAGUUUCCAGUAUUUUCUGGGGGGAUGCCAUGUGCUUUUAAUGUAUUGUGUGGAUCUGAUCUGACCUGAUGAUGGGUACAUCUAGCUCUGACUGGCAACAGUUGUCUGGGAUACUCGACUGGGUGCCUUCUCAGCCGUAACUGGGUACACUGGGGAUUGAGCCUGAGACAUUCAAAUAUUUUAAACAAAUGUCAUUUUUUAUCUCCCCUAAUAGUAUAUCUUGGACUGAUUGUGAGGGGAGGGCCCUGCCACCCUUGAUUCUUGAGUAUGUCAGUGAUACUAAGCCACUUACUUGCCUAUAGUAUUCACAGUUCUUUUUGCCUGUUGAAUCAUUGAAAAACAAAAAUGAGCCUUUCAGGGGAUGAAGGAUUUGUACUGUGAAACUAGACGCAGAAACGACGUGCAGAACCGGCUGACAAAGCAAAAGAUAUUUCUGGAAUGAAUCACAAUUAUUUCAUCAUCCCAUGUGAACAAGAUUGUAUAGUAUCUGUGCAAUUUGCCCAGUACAAUUAUUCUACACCUCAGGAGUUCUUGAACAAAGGAGACAUUAAAGGGCAAAGGCCAGCCCAUUGCGGGAAUAAUUCCUGACACCCCUACAUUUUCAUUGGCACACUAUUCUUGCCAUUGCCUGCUUAAAUGUGGCAACGGAGCUUCUAGGAUGCACCAAUCCAGGAACUUAAGUUUACAGACCCAUUCGCACCAACCACCCUUACUUGGAUUUCUGCUAUUCCAAUUGAGACAUAAUCUGAAGCUGCAAUCAGGUUUAGUGAGUUAGUAGGAUGUUGCUGGUAGUUUGCGUAAAGCGAGUGAGUUCCUAUUGGCUUGGAAAGCCUGGGAACGUGGGGGAAGAUGAAAAUCUGGGUUGCCACUUAAUGCCCAGAAGGGCGUCUAAUUAAAUUUGGGUGUGUGGCUGAUUGUAGUAACACACAAAAUAAGUAGCAUGCUGGGGUGUGUGGGAGCAGGUGGAAGGGGCCGUUUUAAAAUAUGAAUCCAAGUUAUUCUCUUGAAAGAGAGCGAGAUGUUUUCUCACUUCUUUUGCCAGCGCUGUAUAUGGUGCCUUCAGCAAAGUGCUGCCCUGCAGAUGUUUUGGACUCCAAAACAUCUAUAUCGCGAUAUGUCAGUUUAUACUGUAAUCCUAUAUACCCACUUAAGUGCUACAAAGCCCCAUUGAACUCAGUGGGGUUUUCUUUUGAGUAGACUUGCAUAGGAUUAUGUGUGAUUAAUUAUAAAAAGAUCCACCAACAGAGGAAGUUACUUGCUGUGUCUCUGUGUGAUUUACUGCAGUGGCCUUUUCUCCUCCUAAUCAGCUUUCACUGCGGAUAUGUGAUAACUGCUCUGUUUCGGGUGUGAUUGUGGUCAUUUGGUCACUCCUGACACAGCAGAAUUGUUUGCCUUCACAGGAGACCCUGCCAGAACCAUACAGAAGCCCAGUCGUUCAUACUGUUACACAAAUCUUUUCAGGUAUACGAGUGGAGACAUGUGCCUCCACAUAUAACCCAGAAUUGUGAAUUUAAUGAAGAAACACUGCGGUAUACUUUUGUGGCCACAUGUAUCUGAACCUCAGAGUAUACAUGAUGUUCUAAUUAUGGGUUCUGACCCUUUUGGACAGCUUUGUUCUUCUACAGCGGAGAAAGUGGAACACAUCAGCCUGUGACUGUGCUAAUGAAAGGUUACCCUUGAUAAUUAAGCACUAAGAAACUUUAGUUUAAAUGCUUCUGUCUGAGGCUUGCAUGUGCAAUAAAUUCCAUUCUUGGUCCUGCCUUUGCUCUUCCCUGAUCUCUGGGCCCACCGAGAGCCUAAAAUGAUAAGAUGGUUCUCAGUUGCUGUUGCUUUUGAAGUUACGUUUGUGCCUCCUCAGGCCACAGCUCUGAUAUGGUAGCAGGAACUUAUGUGCACCCCAGCAUUGUUUUGGCAUUUUUAAACAGGAAAAAAGUACAAAUGGUAUCACUUGGGAGAGUCCUGAAAAUCACAGCUGUAGAUCUGUAAUCAGCCCUCCUACACAUGACGAGUGAACAUCUGCAGCUUUGACACAGUGUGAAAAGCAGUAACUGAUAUAACUCUAGAACUUAGCAGACAUCCAAUGAAGCCGAAUGUUGAAAGUUUCAGGACAGGCAAAAGAAAGCACUUCUUUACGCAGUGUGUAGUUUAACUAUGGAAUUCACUGCCACAAGAAUAGUGAUGGACACCAAUUUGGGUGGCUUUAAAAGAGGAUAAUAUGUGCAUGCACCAUACAUUUAAAGCAUGCACACUCCUGUAAAGAAUCUUUGGAACUGUAGUUUACCACUCAAAAGCUAUAGUUCCCAGCACCCUUGACAAACUACAUUUCCUGGGAUUAUUUGAGUGGGAGGGGGACUGCUUUAAAUGCAUGGCAUGCAUGCAGCCUUGGACAAAUACACAGAGAACAAGGCUAUCUGUUGCCACUAGACACGAUGGCUGUGUUCUGCUUCUGCUUUCAGAGGCAAUAUGCUAGGACUCACAGUAUGCUAGGACUCGCAAGUGAAGAGUGUGUUGUUACACUCUGGUCCUGCAUCUGACUGGCCUCGUUGAGAACAGGUUGUGGGACUAGAUGGGCCACUGGCCUGAUUCAGCAGGCUGUUUCUUCAGGGCUCCUCUUAUGUUCUUAAUUUGGAUAAUCAGACAUACUAAUUAUAACCUUAAGGCUGGGGACAGUACAGCACAGGACAAUAGGAUGCCAGUGGUGGUUGCGCAAGUGGUGCAGAUUGCAGGGUGCUAUGCCUCUGUUUCAGUGUUGAACCAUGGAAAAUACUCGAAUGAAAAGCACAUCCUCGGUGACGAGGAGAUGGGCAUUACCAUAACUGUUCAUCUUUAGGAUGAGUGCACUGUGCGUGUGGCAGGAGAGCAUUCAGAGUGCAAAGACCCCUGGGGGAGAACGCAGCUCGUCUCUGCAGAGAGUGGGGAGCGCAUUGCAUUCUCCUCUGUGGAAUUUCAAGUCUGUGAGGGCUGAGCCCCUGAGAGGUCAAUAGAGGGUGAGUUUCGCUCUCACAGUGCAGAUCAGGAUGGAAUGUUAGAAGCUACAUUAGAUGUCCACCUUCUUCUCCCUCAGGUGGUUAACCUCUGUCUCAGCUCUACCGCUUCAGGUUGCUAGUGGGGGAUUUCCUUCACAAUAAUAAUUUCCCUGCACAUAGAAAAUGAGUCCUUGAAAGAAGGGUCCCAGUGCAAGAUUUUCUCUGACAUUCCAGGGUUUGCUGAAGUUUUCUGUAUCGAACAUCGUUCAGUCAUGGGAAGCCUGACCUCCAGUCUGUUACCUCAGUAAGAAUUAGGCAAUUCAUCUAGAUAAGGGAUGGAGAACCUCAUUCCCAGAGUUCAAAUGUAGCCUUCCUACCUUCUCUAUCCGUCCCUUGGAACUUUACCCAGGCUUUCCUUGGGUUGCAUCCCUCACUGGCCUUGCUUUGCACUCUCCCUGAGUGUUUUUGCCUGGCUGCAAUGCACCCUUGAACUCUGAUCAGGCAUCUUGCAUGCCUGGAAUGAGGAUAGAGAGGGUUGUGUGAGUAUGCAUGGGAACUGCACAAAGGUGAAAUUUGCAUUCAUUGCUCCACCUACUUUUGACUCUGACCCCUCCCACCACUUUCAAGUGGCCCCAAAAAGGUUGCCCCAGAGGGGAAUGUGGCUCUUAGUGUGAAAAGGGUUCCCCAUGCCUGUUAUAAAUAUGUCAGUUUAGCUGCUGUUCAGUGUAUUAGAAUCUCUUCUGUUGAGAUUCCUUGCAAUUCAGGGGGUUGGACUAGAUGACCCUCGGGGUGCCUUCCAACUCAACAAUUCUGUGAUUCUGGAUUUGCUCCUUCAUGUUUUUCUCCUGCCUUUCCUGGGAUAUCUGGAUAGCACCAUCCUCUGAGGUAACUUAGGGUGAGAGAGGGUGACUCACCUAAGCCGAAUGAGAGCUCAUCCACACUUCAUUUUGUGCCACAUUUCUAGACACAGGUCUGGGCUUUCCAGCUCUGUGUUUGAGCUUUUAUUUUUGUCCUGGCACUUCCCCCAGGAAAGGCCAUGUUUUACCUCUCAAUUGGAGCAAACAGCAAUCCACGGAAAACCAAUUGCCGUUUGCUCUGAUUUAGCAGUAAAAUGUGGUUUUCCCUGGAGAAAACGCCAGGACCAAAACAAAACAAAAAAUGCCUAGAAAGUGCAAAGCAAAGGUGAGUGUGGAUGAGCCUAGAGUGAACUUUGAGACUCAGCAAAGAUUUGAAGCUCGAUUUCCUACAACCAAACAGUUCCCCAAAAUUGCAGUUGGCAGCGGUUGCCCCAAUAUCUCUUUUAUCUGGGAAAACCUCCCUGCCAGUUGAGCCUUUGUGUUCACAACAGCUUUGUCCUGACUGGCUUGCAUUUCCCCCCCUUUUAUCUGUCUCAGAGUUGGCAGGUGAUCAAUAACCCAGCAGCAAAAUAUUUAAUCUCUUUCUCCUCACUUUAAUUGCCCCUCGGUGAAAUCGUUAAUUGUCACUUAGCAGUUCCCACCUCCAGAUACAUGCUCACUGAUGCCCUGUAGAUUCUAAUCUGUCCCCCACAGGACAGCUUGAACGAAAGGUAGCUAACUAACUCUAUCUCGCUCUGGUUAUAAGGGCAGAUAUUCCUGGAGAAGCAUUCAGUGUGAUUCCAAAGCUUGCAGUCCUUUCAGCAACAGAGGGCUGUUAUACAUUACUUCUAACGUUUAUAUUUUGAAUGGCUUUGGGGCAGCUGCCAGGCCUCAGUGUCUGACAAAGCCUACCGCUGAUGCUGUCCGAGCCUUUCUUCAAAUCCCGCCACUCUCACUGUUGACUGGUCACCAUUUUAAAUUUCCCACAAUCCCUUUCAUGAGCUUUAGGGCAUUUCAGGAUGUAUAAAAGGUAGUUGCCUGGUGCUGAUCAGAGGAGCCACAGUUCCAGUAACCACUACUAAGGAAGCCCAGUAGACCCUCAAGUAUGCAGCAGUCCUGACCCUGGCUCUUACUUCCAAGUAAAUAUGACCAGGAUUGCACUAUUUGUUUUUGCUUUGAGUUCUACCACCCACAGCAGUGGUAAAUGUAAAUUAUGAAUCAGUGGAAACUUGGUGUAGCAGAGAUGCAUAAGCUUCUGGUUUUCAUCUACUGUAUAUUUUGGAAAUACUGUAUAUCUUUGUUUGUUGUGCAUUUGGACACCUCUUAAGAUAUUGUAACCAGAUUUUGCAUUAUGGCUCCUGAGGUCAAGGAGCAGAUUUUCAUCUGUGUUUGGACACAGUUGGAUGACAUUAAAGUGCACCUCUGAACAUGUCCAGAUUCUCUUACCACUUAGUACAAGAAGCACCUCCCUGGCAGCUUGAGUGAGGAGCAAGGCCCUUGAAAUUAAGAGAUGCUUGCAGCCGCCUCUCUUCUAGUAACAUGUGAGCUGACCCUUAGAAAGCUUCCAAUUGUAUGAGGAGAAGCUCUGGCUCCACAUCUAGACGUGUUCAUUGUGGAUUUAUCUUGGUUUGCUUGCACAAAGUCUUCAGGGAGGUUAGACACAUUCAUUCCAAUUUGUUUGUGCAGAGGUUAGACAACACUACAUAAAGCAAAUGUUAUCCCACACCUCCUCAUCACUUUCCUCAUUGGGAGGGAUUGUAUCCAGCCUAAAAGCAAUAACUGUCUGGAAGCACUCAGUGAUGCUCAAAGGCCAGCAACCUUCAGCAUUGAUGGAAGUUGACCUAGUAGCAAAAGAUAACGUAUGCAUCUUGCAUUCUUGCUUGAGCUACCUUCCAUACCUUAGGAGGUCCUAAGGUAUAGAUAUGUUUUCUACCAUACCACCAAAUCCUGCAGCCCAAAGGGUGUUAUCUGUCCGUAGGCUUUGAGAUGUCUUGAUCCAAUUAGGUCCAGCUAAUGUCAGAGAAACCCAAGAUAAAAAGGGCUUGUGGGUAAUUAGCACCUUGUCACCAGUUAACUGGUUCCUCUCUAGCUGUUGACGGGUCUCUGAAGUGGCUGUUGCAGAGAGGUGAAGGCCCAUUCCUGAGAAGUGAGCUAACCAAAGCACCACCCAGGGCAAUGUUGGUCUGGCUAAUAACUGCUGAGCCUUCAUCUAUCAAGGGGGCUCAUGCAGCUGUCUCUGUUGGCACCAGUUAUUAGAAAGCAGGCAUAUAUGGAUUAGGACUGGCUAACUUCAGCGGAACCCUGCCCUGGCUGGAUUGUGCUAUCUGCCUGCCACUUGAUCCCACGCUCUCCUUCAGGCUGCAAAAGACUUUUUCCUUUUUGAAGCUAGGACUUUAGUUGGUUCUUUUACUUAGCUUCACUGCAUGCGUUUGACGGAGGGGAAGGGAGUACAGUGCUGAUGUUUUCUGACAAAGGAAGAAGGACGACAGCUGAAAGCUGUACAACAAGAGGCAUCUUUGUCCUUGGUCCUGGAUAAACAGGUUUUGCCGGCUCUUCAAAAACCUCCCCAACCUGUUUGAUCAGUCACCUGUGGGUCAAAAAUGAAUGUGUAUGUAUGCUGAAGAAAAGAAUGACUUAUUAAAAACCAUCCAUUUCCCCACAGGCCUCUUUUGGUUACUGGGAGAAGAGAAUGAUAGACUAAACGAGCCAUUGGCUUGACCCAGCAGGGCUUUUCUUGUGUUCCGCUUCUGUUCUUGGAAACAAAACAAAAAGCUGCUAAUUGAGUCUGCAUUUGCCCAAACAGUGGCCAUCAGCACUGAGUGUCUGUGCAAACAUUACUCAAGGAGGGAUUUAAAUUCUGAGUUGUUCGUAACCUUGGUAAAGCUCUAUCUGGACUGUACCAUGUUAGACUGGUGGGGCCCCCCAUGAUCAAAUGCCACACAUAGUCAGAGGUAAGAGUACCUGCUUUUUAUGCAAAAGGUCCCAGGUUCAGUCCUUGACAUCUUCAGGUAGGACUGGGAAUGUCCCCCGCUAGAAACGCUGGAGAGCUGCUGCCAGUCAGUGUAGAAUGUGUGAGCUAGAUGGACCAGCGGCCUGAUAACACAACUCCUUAAUGGUCAUCCACAUGAUACAAAUCCCAAUACGAAUCCCAAUAUAUUAGGGCAAUAUUCCUCCAGGAAUUUUAAAAGUUGCAUUGUUUUUAUAUAGGGCUGCUUCCAGGCUGUCUGUAGUUUGCGGGAGUGAUUGAGUCACAUACCAGAACUUCAGGUUUGCACAUUCAACGUGGAUUAAAGAGCUCUGGUGCUCUAGCACAACAAAUAAACUUUUAAAAAUUGCAACUCUUUUUGCUGUUUGAAAAGUGAUGGAGAAAUGCUUUGAAAAGAGUGGAUGAAUAACUAAUGGCAAGGCAUAUAAAUACCCAGCAAAUAAAUCAGGAUGAACAUGGGGUGAAUGCUGCUUGCCGUAUAACAUCCCUGUAGACAAAUCACCAGUAAGCACCAUAUGUACAUGUGUACACAUUACUGGCUUAAAGGGCAGCAAAAUCAUUGCCCCCUCAGUGUGUUUCACAUUGCAUUUGCAUGUUGUCAAAUGCAUCAGUGCAGUUGAAUGUUUUUCAAAGUCACCCAAUUUUUGCCCAUACCAGUGGGUGGAGAGAUGGUGUGGAUGUCUUCAUAUGGCUUCUGUUUUCAAAUUGGAUCAAGUAUGGUUGUGGGGGCAUGUAAAGAUUUAGCAUAUAAAGGCUAAUGGGCAUGUAAAGAUUUGUGUCCAGGUUGAGAAGGAAAAGCAAGAGCUGUACAAGCAGCUGAGUUCAAAGAAUUAGGAAGGGGGGGGUGUACUUGCAGCUCAGCUGCAGGACUUGACUUUCACCCAAGUCUGGUAACCUCUACUUUUGGGGCUCAAAUUAAGUUAGCACCUUCUUAAGCCACUUAGCUGGGUUAAUCACAAUGCUGGAUGUGGAGGAGAUUAGCCAUAGUUUGUUUUUAAGCCCCCUCAUUGACUCCUCUCCAGGGUUGUAAGCAGAGAGUCUGGGUUGCAGUAAUCAAACCUUAAAUCCUUGGCUGGCAUGGAGACUGUACAACAAACACACACCCCAGACCACUUGUCCUUUAGGAAAGGCAUCUGUGAUGAAUUUAGGGUUGCCAGCUUUUUGGUUUUGAGACUGUUACCUCUCCCUUGAUCUGAGCUGGCUCUUGGUUUUAGGGGGCUUGAGAAAAUUGGAACAUAGGAAGUUGCCUUAUUGGUCCAUCUAGCUCAAUGCUUCCCAGUCAGGGGCUAUAUGGCACUUGGGGGGGCCCAGGAUAUGCCAAGGGGGCCCCAGGUGAAAAUCACAUAAAUAGGGGGCCACAGCACAAGGCUAGGUGGCGUCAGAGGGAAGUGAGAAGGGGAAAGGGAAAAAGCAUUUUUUUUAAAAAUCCUGAUUGGCUGGCUAUGGGGGGGUGGGUCACCAGGGCCUAGUGCUCCUUUCUGCCAUGUGCAUUUUCUUGGAGCAGUUUGUUUCCAGCGGGAAACGGUGAUCGCUGAGGCUCCAGUUCUGACUGGUAGAGUCCGCGAUCCAGAACCCCCAGGUCAGGUAAGUGUAGUGGUAGGGUAGCAAUGGGUAGGGCUGGGUGAGCCAGAGCUGCUUGUUACUGCUGCCAGUGCUGGGCCCGUUGGCAGAGUCUGCCCGGCUCUGCAAGGCGUGGGGUGAAAUCCACCCCAGUACUCAGCCAAGUGGGUUUGUCUGGUGCUGCUGACUUGCAUCUAGUAAAUAGCUGUCUACUCAGAAGAAAGCAGCACUGAGGUCAGUGGGCCUUACUCCCAGGUAAGGGUGUGUGGGGCUAUAGUGUUUUAUCUAGGAAGCCAGGGCUCCUCCACAUGACAAUAUCUUUUCGCACCAGGUCGGUGAGGACCAUUUGCUUUUUAAAAUUCUCCCAGAGAUACAGAACUCCGUGUGUACCUUUUGGACUAUAUCUGGAGGUUUACUAUAUCUGUGUCAAAUAACUGGGGUCAAAUAAGUGUUGUUUAAUUUUUAUAAUACAUGGAAGAUGGAUCUCUCUCGCAAGGUUUUAGACUCUCCUUCCUUGGAGGUUUCUAAGCAGAGGUUGGAUGGCCAUCUGUCAUGGAUGCUUUAGCUGAGUUUCCUACAUUGCAGGAGGUUGUACUAGAAAGAUCACCCUUGGUGUCCCUUCUAGCUCCAUGAUUCUGUUUUUCUGCUUCAGCAAUAUUUCAUUAUGUUCCUAUCAUUUUAUGUAAUUAUAUUUUGUAUAAAUUAUAAAAAUUAUAAAUAAAACAUCUAUUUACAAACAGAACAUUUAAAUAGCUACCUUUCUACUGGUAGGACGGGGUUGCAUGGGUGUAGCCAGGAUUUUUGUUAGGGGGCAGAACCUCAGAUUUGUAUUGAUUUUUACUUAUGGGGGGGCAGCUUCUCCCCUGCCCCCAGGCUACGCCCAUGGGGGACCACAGGAAGGAAACAAGGUCGGAAGGGGGCCACGGUCAGGAAAAGGUUGGGGAACGGUGAUCUAGCUCACUAUGAUCUGCACUGACUGACAUCACAUGAAAGUAGCACCACGUGUGAAAUUCAGUACAGUGGAACCUUGGGUUGCGGACGUAAUCCGUGACGGAGGCACGUCCGCACCCUGCAGCAUUCGUAACCUGCAGCACUGCGUCUGCACAUGCGCGUGACGCGAUUUGGUGUUUCUGCGCAUGCGUGAAGCAUGAUUUAGCAUUUCUGCACAUGCAUGACUGGAGAAACCCAGACGUAACCCUUUCAGGUACUUCUGGGUUCCCCGCGGUCCGCAACCUGAAAACACGUAACCUGAAGCGUUUGUAACCCGAGGUGCCACUGUAAUUGCAGUUCAGCAGGCAACACAUUAAUGAAUGGAGUCCAGUGGUGUUUGGCUUUUAGACUCCUAACUGAAGGCCACAUUCACACCACUUUAAGCAGUCAUGGCUUCCCUCAAAGAAUCCUUGUCAAGGGUACUGAGAGUUGCUGGGGGGGUUGCCGUUCCCGUCCCAAAGCUACAAUUCCCAGAGUGGUUUAACAAUCAGUCCCUCUUCAUAGAGGACUCGGGGAUGUAGCUCUGUGAGCGAUGUAGCUCUGUGAGCGGAAUAGGGAAUCUCCGAACAACUCUCAGCACCCUUGGCAAGCUGUAUUUCCCAGGAUACUUCGGGGGAAGCCAUGACUGUUUAAAAUGGGAUCAUUUUAAAUGUACAGUUAGUUCUAAACUCAGUUUUACCAGUUGGGAAGCCAGUACAAAAAAGAAAAAGAUUGCUGGUUCUUUUGGCCCCCUUCUUCCGUUUUCAAAAGCUUUUCAUUAAAUUAAAUCACCAAAAGAACUUAUGCAACCCAAAUGAGAAAUGACUUGAAAUUACAUGGCAAUUAACCAAAAUAAAGUCAUUAUAAAAAUAACAACCAAACAUACAUUUAUUACAUGCCGUUAGUCUUAUUAUUUCAUAUGAUUUACAUACCGCUUGACUGUAGAAAAAAGCCUCAGUGCAGUUUACAGAAAGGAUAAAGCAGUAAAAGUGUCACUAAAAGUUUACAACCAUAAUUUAAAACAUGCAGAAAGUUAAAACCACCGUAGAUUAGAAUAAAACAAAUUAAAGCUCAUAUGAACUUUCUAAAUAUAUGGGUAGGCUUGUCUAAAUAAGAAUGUCUGUGCCAUGUGCCGAAAAGAAUACAGUGAAGGCACCUGCCUGAUAUCAAUACGCAGGGAGUUCCAAAGGGUUGGUGCUGUCACACUAAAAAAUAAAUUCUUACAAUGAACUGAAAAAGGUAUUUAAAUAUACCUUCUUGAAGAAACCAGAGGCCUUUCUCCUGGGCAUAGUCGGCCAAUUGGUGUUAAAAAAGGAUGGAACUUUCUUUAUGUACACAACAACAGCAGCAAGAAUACUCAUCGCAAAGUAUUGGAAGACACAAGAGCUACCCACACUGGAGGAAUGGCAGACGAAACUGAUGGACUAUAUGGAACUGGUGGAAAUGACUGGUAGAAUCCGUGACCAGGGAGAAGAGUCGGUGGAAGAAGAUUGGAAGAAAUUCAAAGAUUAUCUGCAGAAACAUUGCAAAAUUAAAGAAUGUUAGAGUGAUGUUGGAUUGAAAUUAAGUGGCUUCUAGCUGUACAGGCUUUAAAGUUAUAUAUAGAUCAAGAUUAAGGAUUAGGAUUAAAAAAAAAGUUAAAAGAAAUGGAAAAUUGGUUUUUAAUAGGUAAAAAUUUAAUGUUAUAUUAUAUUAAGAUUAAAGAUUGGGAUUAAAAAAAGGGGGAAAGAAAUUGCUGGACAAACAAAUUGAACUGGAAUACAAAAGAGGGAGAUGAGGAGGUCCAGAAAAUAAGUAAAUUUAAAAGUGGCGAUGAAAAGGUGAUAUUGUUCUUAACUGUUUUUUUUUUUGUUUUUUGUACUGUGUAUUGUGUAUUUUUGUAUUGUGUAUUUUUCUUUUUUACUUUUAAUUCUUUUUUAUUGAUGUGUCCUUUUUUAUUGGAAACUUUAAUAAAUAUCAUUUAAAAAAAAUAAAAAUAAAUUCUUACAGAUGAGGUGCAAGUAUUAUGUGGCGCUUAUAAACAUACUGAUUCCUUCAGUACAGCAUAUUCCAGGGCAGCAUACAACGAUUUAAAAUACAGUAUUAAAAUUAGUUAAAACAAAUUACAUUCAUAGCAAAUAGUCACAAAAGAAAAAAAUUGUGUCAAAACACAUUGGGUCCUAUUCCACUAACUUUUACUCACAGCAGGCCCAUUAAAAUUAAUGGAUCUCACUUUGUCAUGUUCAUUAAUUUCAAUGAGCCUACUCUGAGUAAACGUUUGUUGAAUGCCAUUUUAAAAAAAACAAAACACCUGGCUGGUUCUGAAGGAUUUGAUCUCCUGUUGUGAUGAGCCAUUUUUGACUUUUUAGUUAUUAUUAUUAUCUUAAUAAAAAUGCUAUAUUUCUAACCUUUUUUUUUUUUUUGCAGAACCUCACCAACCAGGAAAAUGAGAAGGAAAAUUUUGACCAGCGUUUCCCAAACCUGUUCAAGAAGGGAAGGAGGAAGACUGUGGUGCGGAACCUGGGGAAGAUUAUCUAUUACUCCAAGGUCAAGUUUAAAUUUCAGCAGUGUCAGGUGAGCUCGCAGAGGAGGAAAGGCAGAUGCCAAAAGUUGCUUUGAGAGAAGGAACGUCAGGGCGCCGUAGAUACAAAAUUCUAAACUAUACAUUUACAGCACUAUCAUGCCAUUUUAAACAGCCAUGGCUUCUUCCAAAGAAUGAUGGGAACUAUAGCUUGUGCUGAGAGUGGUUAGGGUGCCCUUAUUCUUAUCACAGAGCUACAAUUCUGAGUUGCCUGGGAAGAAGGAUUGAUUACUAAACCACUCUGGGAGAGGAAUGGAGUCUCCUAACAACUCUCAGCACCCUUAGCAAAUGACAGUUCCCAGAAUACUUUGGAGGAAGCUAUGAUUGUUCAAGACAGCAUGGUACCACUUUCAGCAUAUAGCACAGAUGGAGCUUAAAUUUCUGAAUGGCCAGUCUAGUGCCUGUUAGUUUAUUAUAUUCUUGCAAAGGAUGCAGGACUGUGUGGGCUUUGAAUCUGAUCCAGCAAGGCAUUGCUUAAGCAGUGGUGCAGAAUCAGGAUCACUUAAUCAACUAGGAUGUCCUGAGCUUGACCCUCUUGCCCUGUAUGUUUAAUACACAACAUUGGGCCAUGGAGACUAAUGUAUUAAGGCCACACCAUACAUUUUAAACACUGCCCUUUUCUCCUCCUUUCUGUUGAAUUCUGUAUAGUUUCUUCCUUCUCUUUAUGCUAUUAGAGCGUUAAAUUUUUACUAAUUUUAAGUCUCCUUCAGUCCCAGAAGGCAUUUUUGAAGUACAUAAUGUUAAAGAUCUCUGUCCCCUGGAAAUACAUUUUUUUAAUGUGUUCAUUCUGUUGUAGGAGAUGAACGACUGCUACCUGGAGCUCUUUCAAGCAUACCUCUAUUUUCAAUCCCUCGGUCCAAAUGGACUCACCUAUCAGGUAAAGGAUGGCAGACUCUUAACACAUCAUAAGAAUGCAAGAUGAGCCUGCUGGAUCAGGCCAGCGGCCCUUCUAGCGCAGCAUCCUGUUCUCACAGUGGCUGACCUUUGGGAAGUUUUGCAAGCUGGACAUGAGCGCAGCAACACUCUGCCCACCAGCAAUUCACAGCAACUGGUAUUCAGAGGCAUAAAUCUGAAUAAAUAAAUCAUUUCUGAGUUCCCUCUGCCAGAGAUGCAGAUAAACAAUUCCUGCAAUGACUUACUCUUUCCCUUGGUUAUCCAAGGCAAAUGAGUUUGUCACUGCAUGCUUGUGAAUCAUGCAGCAAACCAAGACAAGGGAAAAAGCACUUUUGGAUCUCAAAGCCUCUUGCCUUUGCGGGUGCAUUCAGGGCGUGAAACCUCCCCAGACCUCUCUUGACAUUGCUGAAUCAUGCCUUUUCCAUUCUGUCUGGUCCUGGCCUUCCAAAUAACCACUGUAAAGUGGAUUGACCUGUCUUUGCACAGAGGGUAGCUGUUUUGAGAAUUAUUUCUUCUGUGAACCCAUGGGAGAGCAAUCCCAGUGUAUUGUGGGGAAUUUACUUGAGAAUUAAUUUUUUGUAUCCUGUGCUUUCAUUUGAAAUUGCCAUUAGGGUUAUUUCUGUUUAUAUUGACCCACAGACCAUAAACAUCAAAUGACAGCAUAGGUGGCGAACCUCAUGCCCAAGCUUCAAAAGGGCCUCUCUAUCUGACCCUCAGAAUUCUUCCACACCAUAUCGCUCAGUGGCCCUGCUUAGCAGCCCAAGUAUUUUUGCCUGGCUAAAAUGUGUGCUUGAACUCUGAUAAGGUGGAGGAUAGAGAACCUACUUUGCAAAAGUAGCAUUUACAGGCUACUAUUUUUGCUUCUGGCCCCACCCACCAUUGGACCAGUCCCUUGGAAGGUUGCCCCAAACAGAAUGUGGCCCUCAGGCUGAAAAUGGGUCUCCACCCCCUCCCACCCAGUGCAGCCAACAUUGAGCUAGACAGACCAGUGGUCUGACUCUGUAUAAGGUAGCUUUCAAUGUCCUCCAGGCUGAAUCACAAUGAGUCACCUGUUGCAAAGAGUCCAUAACAGUUUUAUUUGCUCCCCUACUGUUUGUGUCAAUUAGGCCUCCUUCUUGGGUAGCAUCAGGUCAUUAUUCAAAUAGAUACCAUCGUGGGAAUAACUCAUGUGUCUGGUUUGCACAGAAUGGCCUGGUUUGCACAGAACACUAGCCAGACCAUGGCUAAGCAUGAGUGAGCAAGCGUGCAGGUACUCAAAGCUAAAAAUCGCAGCCGCUUUGCUCCUGCCUCUGACUUGAUUGGUAUAGUUAAUCUGGCUUCACAAAGGCAGGUCCCUGUCUCCAGCAUCUUAGAGCUGUGUUAGAAAAAUGGUAUACAGAACCCUAGAGAUGCCCGAUCAGCACGGAAGGGGAGCUUUUCAGCCCCUGUGUUCUCCAAAGCUAAGCUUUUGGGAAAACUGAAAGCGGCCAGGUGCUUCAGUUUCAAGAUAAUUGUAUCCUAAUUCUGUUAACAUGCAGUGGAAUAUAUUGGAGCACUCCAAAUCAUUUGCUCAUACACAUGAAAAUAAUAGAUCUAGCAGAAUGGCAACACUUGGAGAUCUGCAUUGAUUGUUGCAUAGCAUCCCUAAUUGUAUAAUUGUAAGAUUUAUUGUAUAAUCCAAGAAGGGGUGUGGCUGCGUCUAUCAUGAAAGGGAUUGUGUACUUCUGAAUUUGCCACUACACUACUGCCCACUGUGCUGCUUAGCUUGCCUGCAGUUUUGCUCCAGGCAAGCUAUGAACUGUAACCAGAGUUUUUCUUGGUUUGCUGCUUAUGGUUUGUCUGGAGAAGAUAAAAAACUAUGAGCCCAGUUUGGGAUGUAAUACUAAGCCAAAUCAUUGUUUAGCUCCAGGUAGCAAGGCAGCAGCAGGACUGGGGAAGGAGUAAGGCAGUCACAGUUUUUGCUCUGACUACACGCCGCCCCCCACUUGUUCACACCUAGCUGUGAUUUGGGCUAGAGUUACACAGGAACUGGGCCAGUCGUUACAUCUGUACCAUAUAUUUAAAGCAUCCUAUGCCACUUCAACAGUCCUGGCUUCCCCCAAAGAAUGCUGGGAACUGUAGUUUGUUCAGGAUCUCCUAACAACCCUCAGCACCCUUAGUAAAGGUAAAGGGACCCCUGACCAUUAGGUCCAGUCGUGGCCGACUCUGGGGUUGCGGCGCUCAUCUUGCUUUAUUGGCCGAAGGAGCUGGCGUUUGUCCACAGACAGCUUCCAGGUCAUGUGGCCACCAUGACUAAGCUGCUUCUGGCGAACCAGAGCAGCGCACGGAAAUGCCGUUUACCUUCCCGCCGGAGCGGUACCUAUUUAUCUACUUGCACUUUGACGUGCUUUCAAACUGCUAGGUUGGCAGGAGCUGGGACCCAGCAACGGGAGCUCACCCCGUCGUGGGGAUUCGAACUGCUGACCUUCUGAUCGGCAAGUUCUAGGCUCUGUGGUUUAACCCACAGUGCCACCCUCAGCACCCUUAAUAUGCUGCAAUUGCCAGGAUGCUUUGUUGGAAAUUGUUGUUGUUAGCACCCAUCUGUUUCGAGAGACAAUGGAGUACACCUCUGGGGGUGAAGUCAAACCGCUGCAUCAGCAGCACUGAAGUGCCCUUUCCGGGGAGGGGGGCAAGCCUGGGCAGUGUGUAUGGAGGCCUUGGGCUGCCCAGACAACAAGACCCCCCUCUCGGUCUCACUGAUGGCGGCCCAAAGGAAAGCAGAGCAUAUGUUUAGCACCAGCUUGUGCUGCAGGAGUUGCUGGAAGGAGGUGUACAAGGCGCCAUCCAACCAAAGCCUGAAUCCAUUCUGAUACACUUCUGGAUUUAAAAGGGGAGUUUUGGUAAACACAGUUGGGUUGACAGAUAUAAGAUUGUUACAUUCUCUUUUCACAGGGCUUGGUGCCUCUGAGAGAAAUUCAGCUGAACGAGCUUGAAAACCCAAAGGGCGCCCAACAGGAGAUGCAUGCCUUUCAAAUUACAGGUGAGAGCAAGCCACUCUUUGACGUACCUAUUUUUGGGAUGACGUCAUUUUCUGUGGUGACUGUGGGAUGAAUGCUUUCCUUAGGAGGUGCUUUUUCUUAAGUGGGAGGGAAUAGAUGGUGGUGGUGAAAUGCUUUUGCAGUGCAAAGUGGGAACCUGCAGAAUAGCUGAUGUCAGUAGGGCUGAAAAGGGUGUGUGUCGGGGCAAUUUGGGGUUGUGCUGCAAAACUUUUGCAAUUGUGAAACGAGCCAAACCAAAAAUAGCUUACCACCCAAGGACUGUAGGGAAGGAGAUGUAUUUCUGAUAUUUGGGGCCUAAGUCAUUUAGGGCUUUAAACACUUACAUGAGCACCUUAAAUUGGUCCCGGCAGGUUCUUUCUAACUGCCUUAUGUUCCUAGCCAACCUUUUAACUUUGACCCCCACCGGCCACUUUUAAACUAUGCUAUAUCUCCUCUAAACCCCACAAAUUGAGAGCUACUAUUUUAGGGCUUAUUCACACUUCCUUUUUACCCCGUCCUUUCUAGGCACAGGUCCACCCAAAUGCUGCUUUGUUGUUUUUUUGCCCUGCCCCUUUUCCCAGAAAAACCACUCUUUGAUGCUGAAUCAGAACAAAUGGCAAUUUGGGUUUUCUGCUGGCUGUCGUUUGCUUCGAUUCAGUGGCAAAGAAUGGGUUUUCACAGGAAAGCAUUGGGGCAAAAAUAAAAGUGUUGAAACGUGGAGCUUUACAGAGCAGGCCUGUGCCUAGAAAUGCGGCAGAAAAGGAAGUCUGGAUGGGCCUUUAGUUUGGACAUGUUGGCCCUCUCCAAAGACAUAGGCAUUGAAUUCCAGCUGCUGUUGCCAAAACACAUCUGGCCUGGAAGCACGUAGGCAGGCAGUGCCAAGACACCCACUCAUCGGCCUUUGUCUGAGUCCACAAUCUUUAUCGGGUUCUCUUUCUCUGACUACCUCCUGCUUUUAAACAAUCAUUCUUGGUAGCUGAGCAGCAGUUGCUGCAAUUCAGGAAUGACUAAGCCCUUGGAGCCACUGAACAGACAGGUUGCUGUCCCAGGAAGGGUUGGCUGACUGACACGGCCACAUAACUUGGCUGUCCUGAUAGCAUCUGCUUGUAGUCUUGUUAGUCUAGGGGUAUGAUUCUUGCUUUGGGUAUGAGAGCUCCUGGGUUCAAAUCCCAGGUGAGCCCCUGGGAAAGGGAAGUCACGCUUCUUGGGGAGGGAACAUAGCUCAGUGGUAGAGCAUCUGCCUUGCAUGCAAAAGGUCCGAGGUUCAGUCCCCAGCAACUCCAGGUAGGCAGGGAAUGCCCCUUGCCUGAAAACGUGGAGAGUUGCUGCCGAUCUACACUGAGAAUACUAAGGCAAGCUGGUGCAGAAUGUGGCAGCCAGACUGCUGAUGGGGGCACCUGGCUGACAAGGGAGACACCAUUGUUAAAUAACUUCACUGACUAUCCAUCUACCCAGUUAGGUUCAAAGCCCUCACAUUAAUAAACAAAGCCCUGAGUAGCUCAGGUCUAGGGUACCUUAAAGACCACCUGAGCUCUUAUAUCCCAGCUUGAUCACUGAGGUCAUUGGUUGUUCCCUGAGUUGGUGAGGCUCAUUUGACAACAACAAAUAAUUGAGCCUUUACUGUCAUCAGCCCAGUAUUAUGAAACACUCUGCCAAUAAAUAUUCAGCAGGCGUCCUCUGUUUCAACAUUUAAAUGCCUGCUGAAUUUUUUUUUUAUUCCAUCAGGCUUAUGCAGUCAAUUAAGUACACAUAUUUCCAUAAUGGUUAGCUGAUUUCUGAGUUUUAACUUUUUUGUGUAGCUUUUAUUUUAUGGCUUCAUAUAUAAUUCUUUAACCACUCUGAUUAUUAUUUUUUAAAUGAAUAGUGGAAUAUAAAUACUUUUAAACAAACAAACAAACUGUAGUUUACCCCUCACAGAUCUACAGUUCCCCAAUGCUCUUAGCAAACUACAUUUCCCAAGAUUAUUUGGGAGAAGUCAUGUGCUUUUAAAUUGUAUGGUCUGUAUGCAGCCUCUGUCUUAUUUCCAAAUUCAAACAGGUCAUGGAGAGACUCUACUACAUGUUAAGGCAGGGAGAAGAAUCCAUUUUUGAGCUUUGGGAGGGAGGAGCAGGGGUGGAGAGAUGACGUCACACUACCUACAUAGGUUUUGAGUCACUAGGCUGCAGCAGCUUGCCCAAAUUCAGGAAUCAUCUUGAUAUGCAAAAUGGGCUUGAGAAACUGGGUACAGUCUGAGGUUUUGCAGGCACUGUGUUAAUAAGCAUCUGGGCUCAUCGAGAGGGUGUGAACUUUUCCCCUCUGCAAUCUAAAAAAUCACAAGGCAUACCUCCUCCUCCUCCCCUUAAGGGCAAUUCAAUUGAAAAAGAAAGUUAGAAAAUGAAAAUGAAGGGGGGGGCGGGGCACUGUUCUCAUUUCCCUAGCAGAAAAAGAAAAGUUCACCUGAGAAGUUCCAGGGAUGAAAGGAGAAUAGUUCUAUUCUGCUAGCCUUGAGGUAGGUUGGGAAGAUGAGCAGACAACUGCAGUAGCUCAGUCAGUAGAGCAUGAGACUCUUAAUCUCAGGAUUAUGGGUUCAAGCCCCACGUUGAGCAGAAAGAUUCCUGCAUUGCAGUGGGUUGGACUAGAUGACCCCCUUGGUCCCCUUCCAUCUCUAAUAUUCCAUAACUAUUAUCUCCAGGUGAAGCAGGAAAAAUCUCACAACAAACCUGUGAAAUAGGCUAGGCGGUGAGAAAGCAGCUGACCCAAGAGCACACAGUGAGCUUAAUGGUUGAGUGAGGAUUUGCACCCAGGUCUUGCCAGAAGGAGAGCAGAUCUAUGACUGGGAGUUAUUUUUACCAUGGCCUUGUUAUGGUAUAAUACCAUAAUGUUGUGUUGUGCUGUAGUGUAACAAAAAUCAUAAUAAAAACGCUUAAGGAAAAUAAGGCUAACGGGACAACUCCCCACUGAAAAAAUAACCAAAACAAAACCCUAAGUAGCUCAGUGAUGGCUCAGCAUGUUCAGUUGCCACAGAAUACUGAGCAUCUGUUAGGUGGAGAAUGGAAUGGAGUAUAUUGGAAAGAGCACAACUAGUUGGUGGGCUGGAACACUGAACGGGAACACUAUGCCGCAACAUUUUGCUGAAGUUCUCACAUUUCUAACCGGUGCCGAUACAUCGAGAGAAUUUAUAUACUCUUGUAAGGCAAAGCAUUGCAGCAGUACAGCAGACACAUACCCCCACUUCUCUCUGCUUCAAUUCCCCAGUUGGCACCACAUAAAGUGAAUUGUUUUUUUCCCCUGACUCCCAAAGAUAUUGCAAAGCCAAAUUAAUCAGUGUUUUCGCUGAGCACGCUGCCACAGAAACCUCCCCAGAAGGCCAAAGUACUCAUUCUGCUGAUAAUGAUUUGUUAUGACGGCUUGCUGAGUGUCAGCUUAUCGCAAGGCUCCAAGCACUGCCAUUCAGGUCGUUUCAAAGCGUGCCUGGUAUUUGUUUUAACAAGAGGCGGGGCAAUGAAUGAAGGGUAGCUGAGCAUCGGUCAGACUGGAAGUGGGAGGUUAAUAUUGCUCUGGUGCUUAUCGUAAUGACCGGACAAGGGUGUGUGAGCGGCUGCAGCAGGCAGAGGCAGCUGGGAGGAUAGGAUCCAACUCCAGCCAGGCAUUUAGUGGUGGAUUUAUACUGGAUCACCCACGCAUCAUUUGAUUCUUACCCAAUGCUACCACAUUACUGCCACAUGGAAGAGCAUACUUAGGCUAUAAUUCAACAAAGGCUGCUGCAUACUCUUGUUUACUGUGUACAAACACAUUAGCCACAGUCCACAUCUACCCUAUAGUUUCUUGAGAAAUACUGUGUUUUGGUGCGUUUCUCCCUCCCCCUCCCCCAAACCAGUUUUCAUCCAGUUUGGAAAAAUAAGCCAUAUGGAGACAUCCUUGGCCCCCUUUUCACCUGCCGGUGUGGACCAACAGUGGACAACAUGGAAAUGUAGCAGACCGUACCGAGGUGUUCAAAGGGCAUGCAAAUGCUAUGUGAAAGGCAGCAUUAAAAAGAAACCUUGCUGUGUUUUAAACCAGUUAUGUGUGCUCAGCUAAAAACAAAUGUGGUGUGAAAGUUGUGGUAUGGAAAUGUUACAGGCUUUCAGCAGGAAGCUACAGAUAUGCCAUGACUUGUUUAUAAAGUGGUAUCACAGUGUUUUGCAUGCAUGGUUAUGAAUGUGGCCCGGUCCUGAUUCUCAGUAUGCAGGGAGAUUGGAAUGUGAUGGAUCCUGCAGUUAUGCAACUUGUGCAGAUGUAAUGGUAAUAGUGCAAGCCAGGAAGUGCUCUACCAUGUAAUUUCCUGAGUUUAUUAUCUCAGUGGGCGCCUCUGGACAACCUGAUUAUUGAACCUUAAUCCUGAUUUGUUUGCAGAGAGGCUUGACAACUUGGGCUACCUAAUGAGCAAUCUUAUUCUGAUUUGCUGGUGGGGAGGUUAGACAGCAUUGCAGCAAAGCAAGAGUUACCCUUAGUUACCAUUACACUUUCCAGUCUGUAAGAACAUAAGAAGAGCCUGUCGGAUCAGUUGGCCACUGUGGAAAAAGGAUGCUGGGCUAGGUGAUCCACUGGCCCGAUCAGGCAGGCUCUUCUUAGGUUCUCAAGUCCAGCAUCCUGUUCUCACAGUGGCCAGCCAGGUGCCCCAAUGUGAAACCCAAAUGCAGGACCUGAGUGCAACAACCACUUCCCCCUCCUGUGCUUUCCAGCUACUGAUAUUCAGAAGCAUUGCUGCCUCCACCAGAGAGAUAGAACAUAGCCACCAGGGCUGGCAGCCAUUGCUAGCCUUUUCCUCCCAUGAAAUUUGUCUAAUCCCCUUUUAAAGCCAUCCAAGUUGCAAUUUUCUGUCACUUCUCUUAUCGUAAAAAGUCUGAUUUUUCUGCGGGGUGGGCUCCCAACCAGCUGUAAUUUGCAGCCUAAAUUUUCAUUAUUAUUUUCAAAUUUUAUUUAUUUAUUUAUUUUGUUUAAGUAAGUAAUACAGAAAAAACUGUAGGGAUGCAGGUGGCGCUGUGGGUUAAACCACAGAGCCUAGAGUCAGUCACGACUGGACCUAAUGGUCCUUUACCUUUUACAGAAAAAAACAACAACAAAAAAGAAAGAAAAAUAGAGAAUUUUCUGGUACAUGAUUGAACCCCGCUCAGAAAUAGUAACCGCCUGGAAGUGCCACACCUUAUCAUCAAGCUUAGCUUCUCCCCAAGGUCCCUCGGAAGGGUUUUUUAAGACCAUCCUGCCCGCGUCUUGCAUUGUAUGUUCAACCUGUUAACGUGCCUUCCUUGUGUCCUUUGCCUUUCUAGGUCCCUUGCUGAACCCCCUGACAGUCUACUGCCCCAACAGGUCUGAGUUGAAGCGCUGGCUCUACCACUUGGAGAAGCAGAUCCAUCUAAAUGGAGGGAGCUUCGACAUGCCUUUCCUUGCUCAGGUGAGUGCUUUGGGGAUGGCCUGCAUGCCAGCAGGGUGAACAUGUAAAAAUCGGAGUGACGGCCGGAGAUUAUAAUUCCUGUUCUAAUCCAACCUCUCCUCCCUUGCCCUGACAUUGAUCUGACUGUAGAAUCUCACAAACAGCAAGAUGAGUUUGAUGGGUUGCUGAAUUACACACCCAGAUAACAAGAUCUCUGCUUAGGUGUAAGUUUGUUGCUAGGUACGUAGAGGACUUUUGGCACAAAUUUAUAUACAGUCUGUAUAUGUUAAUUUAUACAUGUAAAUGCAAUUUUGUGUGUGUGUGUGUGUGUGUGUGUGUGUUGGGGGGGAGACCUCUAGUUCUUUCUGUCAGGGCUCACUCCAAGCUAUGGGGUGCCAGCAGAAUUUUCUGGGCCCAGUAUUUAUGUACACAUUAAAAUCAAAGCAAGUCUUGUCCAACGUCUAACAUGGCCUAAGCCACAAAGGGCUGUAGCUCUGUGGCAGAGCAUCUGCUUUGCAUGCAGAAGGUCCCUGGUUCAGUCUCCAACAUCUCCAAGUAGGGAUAGGAAUGUCCCCUGCUUGAAAACCCUGGAGAGCUGCUGCCAGUCAGUGUAUACAAUACUGAACCAGAGGGACCAGUGAUCUCUUUUCUCUUUCUCUCUUUUCUGCCUUUCUCCAUCAAUCUAUUAUGUGCACCUACAACCCCCCUGUCAUCAGUCAAUAACAUCCACAGGAGAUCUGGGUUCUGACACAAAAGAGUUGGGGCUAGCCCCCACAAUGCCCAUGUUCUGCAGGAACAGUGGAAUAAGAAACAGGCUUAUCAGUGCUGCUCCCAGUCUGUAUUGUAGGGUUGGGGAGUCUCUGGCUUGUGGGCCAGUCUUGGUCUGCUAGUGGGUGCAGUUUGGCUUGCAAGGGCAUUUCCCCAAACCAUGCCCAAGAGUGGACAUCAAAGUUGGCUGCAGGUUGUGUGGGGGCUGAUAAAGAUCUAGCCCACUAAGCCAAAAAAAAAAAGUUGCUGUAUUGGAUUUGUAAUUGAUUUUUUAAAUGAAAUGGGGUUUUUUAAACUGUGGUUAUAUAUGGAAUUGCUUUUAUGUUUCUGUGUACAUUGAAUUGUUCAACCACAGGGAACUGUUUUUAAACUGUUCCCACAUAUGGAAUUGCUUUUAAUUGUUUGUUGUGGGUGUCUUUACUGUGACAUUGCUUUGGGAUAUUUUAUGGGAAGUGAUUCAUAAAACAGAAUCAAAUAAAUAAACAAAUACUUCCUAGUAAAGCUAACAAAGUGCUGAAAAUGUCUGUCUGGAACACCCAAGGCAGCUCAUUCCGCACCCGAUUUGAAACCCCUUGCAACUCCCUUACCCCCCUGCUGCCCCGCUGCCUCCUGUGCCACAAGCACAGCCCUUUUCUGGGUGGGGAUCCGAGGGGUUUUUAUCUUUUCCUGAAACAAAGGCUUAGUCAGCGUGGGAAAUGAUGAGUUAGCAAGGCAAACUGGAAACCAGCCCGGAACCAGCAGCUGUGAGGUGCGGGUGGUGAGGGAGGAAAGACUCAAACACAGGUGAGGCCUGAUGGUUUUGUUUUUGCCCCUGUAAAUACCUUAGCAGAAAAACUCUUCUGUGCUGUGAAACUGGCUUCUUUCGGUCUGUUUCCCAGGGUGAGCAAUCCUUUCCCGGAUAGUAUCUGGGGAGGGAGAGAAAGAGAGAGGGAGCAGGUUAAUGGGGGGGGGGUUGGUUUCCCCCCAUUCCUCACUAUUUCCAGUCUGGCUCUGGACAGCUCAGUCUUUGUUGCAGUUGCUGCUUCCGUAGCUGUAUAAAGGGGGAAAUGUUCCAGGUUGAAAAGCAUUGACAAAUAGUUUGUCAAAAGAAUUUGAAGCGGAAACCAGGAUAACUGGUUUUAGAUCCUAUUUAUUUCUCUCGAGUGUCUUUUUAGGGAAGUCAGUCGACAGUGGGCAGGUAGCGACUGUCUGUGGCAUGCUAGCCAUACAGUAUCUCAAAGUAUGUUUCCCCCAAAAUGUUCUAACUACAGUGAAACAGAAAAUGGAAUAUAUGCUUUUUUUAAAAGAAAGAGCGUAAUGCAGUAAUAAUGGCAGAUACACUUGGUCUCGAACGCCUGCCUGGGUAUCUCUUAAAUAGUGAAACAGCUCAGAUGCACAACUCACAUCUACCAGAAGCAUCUCUGCGUUCAGAAUUGUGGGCCCAGUUUUACAGAACACCCUCCUAGUUGAGAUCAGACAGACUCCCUCCCUCCCUUUUGAACUUCCGACGCCCACUGAAGAUCUUUUUUUGUUGUUACCGUACCAGUAGGCAUUUCAACUGAAGUCCAAUUUCAUCGUUUUAACUUAUUUUUACCUUUUCUGUAGUAUAUUUCUUGUACGCAGCUUAGAGGCGAUUGCAGUUUAGCAGAACAUAUUUUUUUAAAGUAAAUAAAAAAUGUAAAAACCAAUCAGUUCAUAAUUUCAUAUCGCUUGACAUCUAUGAUCCCUAAAUGGUUUAUCUUAACACCAAAAUAUAUUUACCACAAAAAAUCAAUAAAACAAUAAAUAAAUAACAGAACGGCACAUUAAAACUUUACAGUCUGGAGAAAUGCUGCAAAAAAUGUGGGGCCCCCCCAGUGGUGUUUAAAAGCAACCAUUAUUUGCGGCUGCCGAGCAUGUUCCUGAGGGCAGGUGCCACCACCAAAAAGGCCCCACUUCUGCAGUGCCGUAAGGCCCAGAAGCUACAGCUGGUCAGGGGGGGAAAUGCUGCAGCCACAUUGUUGCUGGGGACAAACUAUUGCCAGCCCAAAGCACCAGUUCUCAAAAGCUUGCCCUGGCUGACUAUAAUAAAUUCUUGUAUUAAUAUGCAAUACCCUUAAUGGCUUGGGUGCAGGAUACCUUAGGGACCACCUGAUCCCUUAUAUCUCUGCCCAAUCACCGAGAUCUUCUGAGGACCCUCUGUUAGCUAUUCUCCAUGUCUCAGACACACAGCUUUUACUUCACCAGAAGUCUUGUGGGCCCAACUCUGUGGAGCUCCCUCGCAGCUGAGGUUAGAGAUGCCCUCACUUUGCUGAACUUCAGGUGCUGGACAAAGACUUUUCUAGCUCAGCAGGCAUUUUAAGGAAGGUUACUGUUUUUAGGGCUGAUUUUAUCUGUUGUAUUGUUAUUUUUUAAUUGUGUUCACUGCUUAGAGACUUGGUGUGAUUAAAGCGGUAUAUUAAUUGCUUAAAUAAACAAGUUUUCAAACUAAAAAAUAUUAUUUAUUUGAGCUAUUAGUAUACCACUUAAUCAUGCCAAGUCUCUAAAUGGCAAACUACGGAUAUAGUAGUCUUGCCGGCAAGCUACCCAUUGUGCUCAGCACUGAGCCAAGGCGGACGGUUCUGUGUCCUUCAUUGUCAUGCUUCCUUCCCCUUUAGAACGAAUGUAAGCAGAGCUCCAUCAGAAGAGAGCAGCUGAGGUGGUCUGUGCAGAAUGCCGCUGUGCAAGAGUGGAGAGGCACCCAGCGGGAGUCUCUAGGCGACAUCCUUUGCGUCUCUAAAGUGAAGCUGCAACACUUGCCCUUUCAGGUAGGACCCUCAAUGACCAAGGCUUCAUCCACACAACACAGAGAUUAUUUAAGUUUCAUCAUUUUAUUUUAUUUUUGCUGCUAGUAAAUUCCAGUGAUUGACACAGCUGAUUGGUAUAGGAGCUGUGGUCCUGCAAACUGCUUCCCUUGACAAACGUCAGGAAUUUUAUUAUAAUUGAAGAGCAAAGAAGCUGGGAUUCUUUUGGCCUAGCAGGUUCAGGUAUCACCAGUCUGUUGUUUGUUUUCUUCCCAGAGGAGCCCAGGUCUUUCAGAAACUCCAAAAAAGGAUUAAGGUCAGCUCCAGACUUAGGAGUUACAUCCACAUCAUACAUUUAGAGCAAGUUUUAUACCACUUUAACAGUCAUGGCUUCCCCCAAAGAAUCGUGGUAGCUGUCAUUUACCCGUCACAGAGCUACAGUUCCCAACUUCCUUAACAAACUACAGUUCCCAGGACAGCCACUGCCAAUCAAUAAUAAUAAUUUAUUAUUUAUACCCCGCCCAUCUGGCUGGGCUUCCCCAGCCACUCUGGGCGGCUUCCAAAAAAAAUAUUAUAUUCAACAUAGACAAUACUUAUAUUCAACAUAGACAAUACUGAGCUAGGGUCUGACUCUGUGUAAAGCAACUUCUUGUGUUCCUUUGUCGUAAGGGAAGGGCUGUGGCUCCACAGUAGAGCAUCAGCUUUCAUAAAGACAGUCCCAGUUUUAAUCCCCUGCUUCUCCAGGUACGGCUGGGAAAAACUCCCUGGAGAGCCACUGCCAGCCAGUGCUGACAAUAUAGAGGUAAAAGGAUCAAUGGUCUGACUCAGUAUAAGGCACCUUCCAUUGUUCCUAAUUCUGUAUCUUUUUGGUACCUUCUGCACUUCUGGCUUCAUCAAGUAGUUAGGCAGGUUGAAUCUUCAAUUUCAGCUCCAUAUGAACCUUGAUCUUCUUGGUCUCUUAACAGGAGCAGCAUGACCGACUACUGAUCCUCUAUCCUUCCACCCUGGUCAUAGUAUCCGAAGAACGCAACGGCCUCUACUUUAAGGUAGGAGCUUCCCCCAACACUCUCCACACCCCUGUACCCUUUAUUUAAUGUUGCCUAUACUGUAUAACAUCUGUGUUAUGUAAUUAGGGCUGCAACCUGAGUUUAAAGACCUUUUAAUCAAUCCAUACUGUGAGUUUUAGUCCAUCGGUCUGUUGCUUUUAAAUUUGUAUAUGGUUCAAAACAGUAUUUCUGAAGCAAGACGCAGGCAUCCUAGAAGACAUCUUCAUUCUAUGUGUGAGGAAAGGGAGCAUGCCUCUCUGAAGGCUAGAGAAGAGACUCUCUGAAUGCUACUCUAGACUGGAGAAGAGACCCUCUGAAGAAUAUUAGGAGGGUGGACAGGGGAAGGACUAGACCAUGUGAAAAAUGAACAUAAUAUUUUAGCUGCAGUUCAUUCAUUUUCAGCUUUGUAUUCUUGUUAUAAAAAAGCACACGUAGACAUUCCGUUGUUGGACCCAUAACCUAUGUUUAAGGUGCCAUUUAGCUCCUAGCUUUCAUAUCUCAGCUUCUAAAACUGCUCUGAGUAAAACAUAAUUGAAUACCACUUUUUAUAUCUGACGUAUAGUAGAGUUGGAAGGGACCCUGAGGAAUAUGCAAUUCAGGAAUAUGCAGCUGUCCUAUAGGGCUAUCCAGGCAGAGCCUUUGCCAAUGGCCCCAUAAGACAGAUCAGCAACUUGAGUCUGUGGCAGAGGUGAAAUGUGAACUGAGGACUGCUAUGCUCCACCUCUUCUGCUUCUUCUGCCCUGGCCUGUGCUUCCUGUCUGGUGAGCUGGCUUCAUCAGCCUCUGCUCGACAAGUCUGCCAGCGUUUGUGUCCUUGGUUGUAAGUGCUCUUGGCAAAGGAAAUACUUUGCCGCCACCUCCUUUAAAAAAAAGGGGGGGGGAGACCGAGGGUAAAGUUGGCCAACGUGGAAUAUAUUUCCGUCCACUUGCUUGGAAAGCCGGCUAUGGCUUCUGAAUAUUUGUGGUUAAGCUGUCUCGGAACCAGAAGGGCGGUGGCUCCAUUUGCGUUCCUUUGAAGCUGGAGAAGUGACCUCACUCAAGGCUCAAAGGCCAAGCCCAUCUGUGGCCUCCUUCUCAUGGAGGCAGUGUUGGCCUGGCUGUAUCGCUUCAUACUCACAGCUGGAGGCUUGUGUUGCUGAAUGCUGCUCUGCAUACCUACAUCUAUGUGGAACGAGUGUGGUAUAGUGGUUAGAGUGUCAGGCUAAUAUUUUUGAACUGUGUAUUUUUCUUUUUUCAUUUUUAAUUCUUUUUAAUUGAUGUGUUCUUUUUAUUGGAAACUCUAAUAAAUAUCAUUUAAAAAAAAAUAGAGUGUCAGGCUACAACCCAAGAGCCCAAGGUUCAAAUCCUUACUCACCCAUAAAGAACCAGCUACAGGGCUGAGGAAGACCGGGGUAAAGUCCUCUCAGGGGCCCUCUCCUCUGUCAGUGGGCCCUGGUGGACGGACCAGGCUGUGGCAGCAAUGCUCGAAGCAGGAAUUUCCCACAAUUCCUCAGAGCAAUGCUAGGCGAGGGGCAUUCUGGGAAAUUAAGAGUGGCUAGAUCUCACUGCCUGGUGCUGCUCAGAGUGCCAGGCCAUUUGUGGUGGUGGGGAGGACACACUAAAGGGGGGCACCAGUGGAAGCAUCAGCAGUGGGGCCCUGGCAGUGAAUUGGCUCUGGGUAACCCAGGGCUUAUUUAGAGAGGCUGUACUAGGACCAGAAAGCUUACCGGGUGACUGGGUUGUUCCACCUCUCUUUGAUUUUUACACUUUUACCCAUGAGCAUAUUACUUUAUAUUCUGUAACUUUUAAAAAUACAUUUUUAGAAGUUUCUAGUAUAAAUUGCUUUGAUUUUAAUGGAAAAGUGACUGCAGUUUAGAAACUAAAUAAAUCUGGAACAUGUACCUUUAAAAAAGUAAAUUCCUGCCAGGGGUCCUUUUCCCUUUGUUUCAGCAAAGGACCUUUAUAUGGAUUGAAUGCAGCUAAGCCCUGCUCUGGGUAGAACAAUUGAAAUUGAUGGGCCUAAAUUAGGGCUCAUCCAGACUUCAGCUUGUCCCGCCUCUUUCCCCCAGGAAAACCUGUUCUUGGAGCAAGUGUCAAUCAGGUUUUCCUCAGUGCUGAAGAGCGUGUUUUCCUGGGAAAACAAAUCCGCUUCGAUCUGUGCAUAUAAGGCAGGAAGAAGCCACUUGGUGCAGGACAAGCAGAAGGGUAGAUGAGCCCUUAGUCAUGUCCAUUAACGGCAGCGGGUCUACUCUGAGCUAGACUAGCACUAGAUGCCACCCUAUGUGCCCACUCCUCACACUUGAUCCAAGGCUUGUACAUUUUAUACUUCGGCAUGCAGAACUGAGCUCAGAAUGUACACUUGAGAGGAUGAGCCCUUGGAUUCAAUGAAGUCUUCACAUUGCGUCUGGUUAUAGGAGGCAGAACCAAUCUUGAGAUUCCUUUUAAAAUAGCAAAUCCUUACAGCGGUUGGGAUUCUCUGAUCACAUUGCUGGGCAGUUGUUACAGGGGAAAAAAUGCCUGUGGUUUUGUGGGGUGUAAUGUGCUAGGGUCCAACUGUCACGGACAGCCGGCUGAAUUGGGUGGCUUCCCAUUCCCUAGAGCCACCUUUGACUGCCUUCAAGGCAAAGCCGAAGACUGCAGGAACAAAGACAUGAUUUAAGUAUUAAGAACAUGAGAAGAGCCUGGCUGCUGGAUCAGGCCAGAGGCCCAUUAUUGCCUGUUAAUCUGGGUCCUGCUAGGCUUACAUAUUCAUCACAACCCAGCAGUUGUAUGUUUCAUGCACACCGUAGGGCAGCUAUGAUGGGUCAGGCUGGAUGGCACGAUGCCAUGUCUGUGUCUGCUCUGAAGAAGCUGCUCAGACCUUUGUGCACAUACUUGCUGCUUUAGAUGGAGACCUUGGCAUCACGAUAAGAGGAACAAGAAAAACAGCUGUGACACCAAAACAGAAGUGAAAGCGUAACAUGUUUCUCCAAACCAAGUGUGCCAAAGUUCUCCCCAUCCUGUUCUCACAGUGGCCAACUAGAGCAGGAUAGUGACAGAACACAAAUCUCCCCAUUUGUGAUUCCCAGUAAUUGGUACUGAGAGGCGUGCUGCUUCUGACAGUGGUGAUAGAAGCCUCCUUUGAAGCUAGCAGUCUGCAUUUCCCCUCUUAGGAGCGUAAGAAUAUAGGAAGCUGCCUUGGUUCAUCUGCCUCAGUAUGUAUUGUCUAAACUGGGAGCAGCUGUCCAGGGUUUCAAACAGGGGUCUUUGUUUCCCUGCUGAUCAUGGAGGACCAAAUCCCCACAGUAGUUGCCAUGAGCCUUGUCCUGCUGUCAGGUUUGGGUUUGGGUUGGCAGGCCCAAGGCGGAGGAAGAAACAGAGCAGGACUUGAUUGGUCAGAACCAGGGUCUGAGGAGGGGGCUGUUCCUGGUGUGGCAAGACUUCAGACACUUUGAAUGGGAGAGCAGGGAUACUGACUCCUCCCCCUGCCCUCCCGCAGAGCAUCUCCAUGGAUGCUGGGAAGGGAUGUGGGCAGCCAUGGGAGGAGGCAGCCGUGUCUGAUCAGGCGCCCAAAGAGGGAGGGUGCAGAGGUAUUGUCAUUUAGGACCAGGUGCCACCUCUACAGAUGGGAGCAGGCUCACCCACCCCACAGGAGCACUUGUCUGAAAUUGCGCCAUUCUUGCAAAGCAAGCAUGUUACACCUCCUCUUUGAAAGGUUGGCUGGUUGGUGGGUGGAAACUGUUGGGACACCUUUGUUGCUUCUGUCUGGUUCUGAACAUCUUGCCUGAUGCCUGAAUUGUGUCUGCUGAACUCUGUGUCUGCUGCCUGCCCUGUACCAUUGCUUGCUUGAUUAAGGAUCUCUUUCCUACUUGCGCGUAAGAGCCUCUGUGUGCGUGGGUUGGACAUGAGGCCAGACAGUGUGAAGGGAAAGGACUGGAGCUUCUGCUCUGCAUGCCAAAGGUUCCAGGUCCAGUCCUUGGCAUUAGGAAAAACCCACAGCAUGCUAAAAUUUCACCGUGGGAAUUUUUAUCUGUGGCUGAGCAGCUUUGCUUCACUUUAAACUAUAUGGAUUUGGAUGUGGGGGAGACCUGGGUGCAUCCAGAGCCCAUGAUGCGACACCCCCAAAACACAAGCAAGCUCACUGUAAUGACAGUAGUCAUCCAGUGGUAGCUGGUGCCUAUGGGGCAGAAGGCAGAGAGACAAACAGUAGGUGGAGCCAGAGCCAAUGACAGGGCGAGCCACCCCAAUUGAUUGUAAGUAAGCUAGCUGGUAGGCGGGGAUUGGCGAAAGACCUUAUUUGUCCUAAAAGGCCAACUUCCACAGGCAGUCACGUCAGCCCUCUGUACUGUAGGAUCUGGCUUUGUAGUGGAGCUUGAUGCAGAGGUGCAGCUGUGCAAACUUUCAGCUCUGUGUCACCCAGUACAUCAUCCACCUGUGAUGCCACUUCAGGAACUUGGCUUUCCAGGGGCAUGCCUGGGCUUGGCAUCGCCCUUCUGCACAUGAAUUCCUCAUUCCUGCCCAACGAUGCUGGAAUCCGGACCGGCUUUGUGCAUUGCCAAUUGAACAGAAGAAAGAAAACAAAAAAACUAAAUUAGGUCACUUUGGGUUUGGUGCAAGUGAUGGUGUGUGCAGCAAUGAAUGGAGUCCACCCAGUGUGACUAGACACCGAGUACUUAACACUUCCCAUAAGCAAACCCCAAGUGCAGGCAGCACCCUCACAAGAAUCUAAGGAGAGCCUUAGCACUUUGCAGAUGUGUCCAUGUCUUUGCAGGCCUCUGCUUCCAGAUCUGACACUGCGCUCGGCCUUGCCCUCUUGAGCAGCCAUGUCAGGCAUCCUAUGAAUGAGGUUUGCCAGGCUUGCGCCACAUCUGCCCUGGGAGCUAGGGCUGUCAUCGAGGUUGGAGGGAGGCUCUUGCCUUUGCAUGCCAUGGCAGAGAACGCCUCUUGCUCAGCAAAACCUGUGCCAGCCAAAGCCUCUUGUGGGGCAGUGAGGAAUCGCCAGGGCUUCCUGGAUGUUCCUGUCAGAGCAAGCUCCACGGACUGGCUUAAUUGAAGUGACACACCUCAGCAGGGAAUGGUUUGUUUUCGCAGGGGAGGCAAGGAUUCCUUUGAGGUCAGGGGUGGCACCAGAGAGGUGGGUGCAGUUUUGGGAGGGCAGGAGGUGCCCUGUGGACAGAUGGGUACCCUCUGCCUCUCCCUAAGACACUAGGCGCUUCCAUAUGACAGCUUGUUGUGGACUCAAUGCUGCUCAUGCUUGCAGGUUUUUUCUCAACAAUCCACACAAUGUAAUUUCAGGAAGGGCUGUAAUACAGUGGUAGAGCACCUGUGCAUGCAAAAUGUCUCAGGUUCAAUCUCCAGCACCUCUAGGUAGGGUUAGGAAAGACCCCUGCCUCUAUUCCUGUAUCCCUGCUCAGUUCUGGAAUGGCUGUUUUAGUAACUGAGCCACCUCCAGAAAUCCCUCUCGCGUAUCUUUCUCUGAAUAUGCCUUCCACCUCUGUCUUCCCCCUGGCUUCUGCCUCUUGCGCAGACACACACGUUUGUUUUGUUCAGUCUUCAUGCAGAACUUUGGUCUUUCCAAGAUCCUCGUCUUAACUGAGGUCACUUGGAAAGUCAGACUUGAGUCCCCCGCAGCCGUUAUCCUGAGCAAACUGUAUCGGAGAGUAAACAAUGUUUGGGGAGCAUCUAAAGCUGGGAAGAUGACUCAGGAGUUUCGGAGAACAAAGUGCAGAGAGUCUAUCUGUUGCAACUGUUUUUUUAGGUAAACACACUAGCGAGACGUGAAACAAAUUGUUGCAGUGUGGGGUGCUUCUGUUAAGUGUGCCAGUCAGACGUGACCUUUUUUUGGAUACUAAGAAAGUAAAUCAGAAAACCUCCCCACCCCACUGGAGGGCUGUCUAGUCCAUGCACCAACAGUUGCAUUCUGUAACCUGCAUAAAUUAUGCAAAGUAGUGACCUUGAUUUGCCUAAUUCUGUUUGUGUUUGUCAAAGGAAACAGCUAAACAUUAAAGCCACCUCCCUCCCUAAUCCCUCUGAGGCUGCAUUAUGCAUUGUCUAAGUGUCCGCAUAUUUUCAAGUAAGAAGAGCCAGGCCGUUGGAUCAGCCCAGUGGCCCAUCCAGUAUCCUGUUCUCAUGGUGGCCAACCAGAUGCCUGUGGGAAACCCACAAACAAGAGCUGAGCAAAUACCCCAUACCCUUCCCCCUUGCCCACAAACAUUCUUUGGCUACUGAGCAUGCUCAGUUCUCUUUCAGCUGUUUUGGGGAUUCUCUUCGUUUAAAAAUACAAAUAGAUCUGCAAACAUUGGCGCUCUCUCGAACGUCCUGAUAGGCUCCUCUUGUAUGCGCGUGUUUCCUUUUUGACAACAUAGAAUCAAGACAGAGGCCCAGCUUUUUAAGACUAUGCUUCGGAGUAGAAGCAUUUAGAUUUGUUUUUAUUGCCUGUGUUUAUUAUUAGAUAACAUGGGCAGAUAACUUCCCUAACUGCAAAAAGUCUGGAGUGUUUUUUUUAAAGGUAGAUUUGUUGUGCUAGGGAGACAGAGUGCUUCAACUCAUAAAAUGCCCAAACCAGUAUGCACCAUAAUUCCUCCCAUAAAAUAGUGACUGGAGGCACUAUCAUGGUGCUUCUGGAUGGCCUGUUUCUUGAACGUUCAUCUUGAUUUGUUUGCUCAAAGCUUACAUGGGGGUUAAACUAUAUUUGAUUUCUAUUGAGCAUUUGUUCUGAUCUGUUUACGGGGCAGUUGUAUGAAAAUAAAAAUUCGUCCUGGGCCCCUUCAGACUGGUGGGGUUGUUUUUUUUGCAGGUGUAUUCCAUAACACAUCAUUGAUGCAAUAAUAGCGCAUUAGUGGUAGAUUUAUACAGGACUGCCAACGCAUCAUUCCACUUUAUUAGAUUAUCUGUGAUGCUUCCCCAAUGUUAGUGCAUUAUUGCUCUUGCGCUAUAGCACAACAAAAGUAGGACAAAAAACAAAGCAGAACUUUUGUGGUAUAAAAAAUUACAGGAUGCCAGCAGGAAGCUAUGGGGCAUGCAGUGAGCCCACCCCAAAACUUUAGUAGGCAUAAGUAGUGCUGGAAGCAAGGAUCGCAUAUAAUCACCAGGUUAACCAUGUGCAUUCAUCACGAUUUGUGCUCAAUAAAAAGGACCUUGGCAAAGCCCCUUGAUUCCUUUGCAGGGUGCUUACACACCUUACUGGUAAGAACAUAAGAUGAGCCUGCUGGAUCAGGCCAGGGGCCCAUCUAAUCCAGCAUCCUGUUCUCACAAUGGCCAACCAGAAGCCCGUGAGAAGCUUGCAAGCCGGACAUGAGGUCAACAAUUUUCUGCCUACUUGUGAUUCCUAGCGACUGGCAUUCAGUGGAGGGCAAAGCAUAGUCAUUAUGACUAGUAGCUAUGGAUAGCUUUGUCCUUCCCCACAUUUGUCCAAUCCUCUUUUAAAGCCAUCUAGGUUGGCAGUCAAUAGUGCUUCCUGAGGGAGAGAGUUCCACAGUUCAGCUAUACACAGCGUGGAAAAGUCAUUCACUCAUCUCACAGUGUUCCAUGUAUUUCCCUGUCACUUUCCAAACCACAGUCUGUUGUCCUAGCGCAAUUAAAUCCAGUUAAACAAAAAACCAUGCACACAGGGUGCUUUAAUACGCUUUAAUUGCUCGAUCCUAAUGUUCUGGUGUGUGUGCAAAUCUCUCCUGUAAUAUACUGACAGUCUGGAGGCACCCAUAGUGAAUCUCCUCAAUCAAUUUUUAAUUUGCCAUAGGCGAGUAACGUGUUUUCCAGUUUAGUUCAACAUCAUUUGCUUAUUUAUUUUAAAAUAUUUCCAAGGAGGAAACUCGGGCUUGGUGUGUGUUAAUUUUUUUUCUUUCAAAUUUACUAAUCCCCACCUCACCCCCUCUGCCAACAGGGAGAACUGCCUCUGAAUGCAAUCCAGGUGCAAUUUGAAGAAAACGAGAAAACAUCUUUCCUAAUAGAAGGUAUGCCACAAAUCACAAGCAUAGAAGUGAGAAGGGGAUUGUUUGAUUCAGGCGGAGGAAGUGGCAGAAAUUGUGGUGCCUUAGACCAUAAUUAGACCAAGUCAUUGAAGGGACACUUCUCUACAAGGAAGGAUUGGGGAGAAAGCAGCAUUCGAAAGAGAAUGGAGAAAUCAUAGGCUCCAUUCAGACUGUGGUUAAGGAAGCUUUAACUAUGGUUUGUUCUAAUGAAGUAGCAAUCCAGAGUCAGAAAUCAUCAAGGAGCCGCUGAUCUUGCUCAGCAUUAAAGCACAUACAUACAUAAAGCACACGUUACUUUGCAUGCAGAAGGCCCCACGUUUAAUCCCCAGCGCCAUCUCCUGUUAAAAGGAUCAAACAGCUGGUGAUGGGAAAGGUCCUGGAGGCUGAGAGGUACUGGAGAGCCAUUGCCAGUCAGACAGGACUGGGUUAAGUGGGUAAAUAAAGCAGAACUUCCCAACAGUGCUUUUUGAAAGGAGCUUGCAAACCAUGGUCUGGUGUGACAUCCCGAGCGAAUCACGUUCAAGGCAAUGUAAUUUAUAUUCCUUGUAGGCCGUUUAAUCAACUCCAUUCGGGUGAUUUGCCCCAGCUAUGACGAUUACCAAGAAUGGCUGUACUGCCUUAAGACAGCUCAGUUCCGUAAUGCUGAUUCCUCCCUUUCUGGAUCGGAGAGCUUCUCAGGACCAAAGCCACACCACCUGGCUCAGGUAAGGUUCCACAGACUCCCCGCUUGCUUAAAACAAAACAACCUAUGCAGAAUACUUAGGAGCUGGCUGUUUCCCCUUCCAUUUAUUGUGCACUAGCUACUGACCCGCCAAAGUGGGGGCAGAGAUGAUGUAGUUGUUCCAGUGGUUGUGUCGCUUUUGCAUCCUGCAAGUGUCAUACCAUUCCGUGGGAGUCUUUGAGAGCAAAAGUGGUCCCAGAUCUGUGUGGGUUUUAUUUCUUCAUCAUGCCAAUGUGUGACAGAAUGGGCAUAUGGGUGGCCGCUGUGAGAACAGGAUGCUAGAUGGGCCACACUGACCUGAUCCAACAGGGUUCUUCUUACAUUAUUAAUUGUGAGAACUGUCUUUCACGUUUAUUGUGUACCAUUCCUGUUGCACUUUUCAGUUCGUUAAUUGCACUUUCCCUUAACAACAGCCCUGAGAGGUAGAUUGUGCCAGAUAAAUCCAUAACUGGGUAGGAUUUGAACCUGGGUUUUUGUUGCCAGUAGCCAGCACUCUGUCCUUCUGUAUCACAUUGGCCCAAAGAAAGUCAGCUGUAACUUUGCAAUGUUUAAUAACCGAGAACCCUAUCCUCCUCUUCCUUGUUUGUUGCUUCAGUUCUCAGGAAGCGGGAGAGGCUCACUCACGUCUGAUGGCCGAACAAACUCCUGGGCAUCAGGAGGGAAGGGGGCAACAUCCACACACCACUCCCAGAACAGCGCGGGCUCCCUUUCCGAGAGGCAGUCGUUUGGUGUGAUGCCAGAAUGCCGACUAGCUGAUGACUCCCAGGCUCAACCAGUCCGGGUAGGUAAAAAUUUUGGAAAUUAGGUGCCCAGAUAAGCUGCAACAUGAAGUGGUUUUCAUGCCACCUCCUUUAUGAGCAGGAUCCUUGAUGUUCAGGAUCCUGGUUGAAUCCUGACCACCAGGGUUUGUAUAUAUUCUGUGACAGGGGGCAGGAUCUCUAACAUAGUAAUCCUAAUUCUGCAUCAAGAAACAUUAAAUUCUGAGAAUUCAAUAAAUUAAACAAAUUUGCACGGCUUUCUCUUUUGUUCUGGUUUUUGCUUGGGAGAGUUUGCUGUACCCUUUUUGGAGUCUGCUAACAAGAUUUUUGUUUAGGCAAGCCUCUCCAGACAUGCAGAAUAUUGACAUGGAUUUUAAUCGGGCUUUUAGCUUGUUGCUGAUUUUAAUAACUUUUUUUAAAUGUUGGUUGCUUUUAACUAUUUUACUGAUCAUUUCAUUGUUGCAUUAUUGUUGUAAACCACUUGGGGUUUUUUACAAUUAAGCGGUGUAUAAAUCUUUUAAAAUAAAAAAACAGGCCAGCAUAAAUUUAAUGAAUAAAUGUUUAAUAAAACUAAACUAAAUGACACAGUGAGAGCCAGGACCGAAGAGGAAGUUACAACAAGGAGAUAUAACUAGGAGACAGGACAGAAGAACGUAAUCCAUCAUCAUCAUGUUGGAGGAAAAUGUACAUAACUGGAGCUUGGUUCUCAGAUAACCAAAUCACAUGAUUUCUCCUUUUCUUCUCAGUGUCCAGGAAAGCCAGUCUCGACAAGCACAGGGAUGCCAAAAGCUGAGCUGAAAAGGAAAGGAAGCUCUCGAAAAUCCAAAGGGAAAUGUGGGCCACUGGCCCAGCAACCACAACCCCACAUCCAGGAUGGGGAAAGGAACCAUUUCCAGCUCAUCCCAGAGCAUCCCAGUGGAGAAGUCCUUUCUCCAGUGUACAAUGAGCCAUACUCCGCCGUGGUGCAGCAACACCACCAUCCUGCUCUUCCCCCGUUGCAUCUGGAUGUGAACAAUGUAAGCGACCAGGAGAAGGGACCGAUGUUCGAACUUCCUCCAUGAUGGCUAUGCUCUGCCUCCACAGUCAGAGGCAGCAAUGCUUCUGAAUGCCAGUUGCUGGAAACCACAACAGGGGAGAGUCCCCUUGUGCUUGGGUUCUCUUGAGGCUUCCCCACAGGCAUCUGGGUGGACAAGAUGGGCCAUUGGCCUGAUCCAGCAGGCUCUUACUUUGGUAGCAAGGAAUUGCAACUCAGAGGCAGGACAUGUGCCAAGGUCCAGGCAGGGCUGGGAAAGAUGUCUGCCUGAAAACCUGGGGAACUGCUGCUAGUAUAAAUCAGAGGUUGGGAAGUUCAUUUUUAAAAAGGAACUAAGUCUAGUUCAAGGGAGGCUCAGAGGUGCGAUAAGGGAGAGGGCUUUACAGUUGUGGCUGUCUGUGGAAUGCUGUCCCCAGUGAGGUCCACCUGAUGCCUUCAUUGACAUCUUCUCAGCGCCAGGGAAAGACAUAACUUUUUGCCCCAGGCCUUUGAUAAACUAUGAUGAUGUUGUUUUGUUAGUGGUGUGCUUCCAACACUUCCUUUCUCUGUUACGAGGGUUGUUUUGUUCUGUUGUUAUGGCGUGAUACAUUUAUAUUUAUGUUUAAAAUGCAUUGUAAGUCACUUGGAGACUUUCAGGUGACAAGUGACUCGUAAGUCUAAUUCAACUCUCAGGCCUGAGGUUCUCCCCUUCUAGUACCAGUAGUAAUUUUAUACAGCUUCUUCCUGUGUUCCAGUGCUUACAUCGUAAUUCCCUGCAUGCACUGCAUUGCAUAUGAUUUUGCAGGUGCACUAACCUUUCCCUGGAACCAAUUUCUGCUCAAGUAGUGAGGCAUCACAUUCAUUAACCUUCUUUUCUCUUCCUGUAGCUGCCACCGUGGAACUUGCGAAGAGGAACUUGCCCAGCUCCCACUAACCUGGAGAACGUGCCUCUGCCUUCCUCCCCUAUGUACGCUGACCCUUAUACACCAAAUUCCCCUUCUUCGCACAGAGAAGGAGACCCCAACUUCCUUGAAAAGGUAUUGUGCACGUUAAGUUGACAGUAGAUCCCUUGAAAAGGUGCCCCAAAGUUUAACAAAGGAACCCCCAAAUUGUGUGCUGUGAGGGGAAAGCCACCAGUGUGACAUAACUUGAAAUAAGUACAAGCUCCUUUGAGCUUAAAUAAGUAUUUAUCCGUAGAAGAGCCAUCCCCUCACUUUUCUGCGUUAGUAACUUUUCUCGAAGUUCUGUUGGUAGAGGAAUUCCACCUGCAUCUGGAGGGCCACAGGUUUCCCACCAGUUCCUUAAACAAAGCUUCAUGAGAGGUAGAGUCAGACAGAAUCUCCUUGGAAUAACCAGCUAAAUAUAGCCAUGUUUCCUUUUCCUUUGAAGUUCAUGAAACACCAUGGAAAGAGCUCCUUGGAGCAGCAGAAUGGCUACCCAGCCAUACCUGUGUCUGUCCCUGUCUCCCAAAAUCCUCUGGUGCAGAAGAAGAACUCCCAACCUCUGCCUGACAACCAUUGGCAAGAGCAAACGCCUCAAAAGAGAUGCAACAUGCCUGAGUCCAUUUUUAAUUUCUCAGUGAUGCCUUCUCCAGACACUGAUUGUUUGACCUCAGUGAGUACAGUCUAAAGGGGAGUACUCCUUAGUGCAGGUGUGGGGAAUCUGUGGCCUUCCAGAUGUUGCUGAACCACAAUGCCCAACUCCCAUCACCCUUGGUUUUUGGCUAUGAUUGCUGGGGCUGAUGGGAGUUGUAGUUCAGCAACAUCUGGAGGGCCAGAGAUUCCUACACACCUCCUUUAGUGUGUUUGGGUUUUGCUAACUCCUGGGUUACAGGUUAUUAAGAUUUAUUUUCUCUCUGGACUCCAUCUGCGUUAUUUAAGUGACAUUGCUAACACCAACUUUAUGUUUCUCCUCUCUUCUCCCUCCACCAUUCAGAGCACCUUAUCACGGGAUGAAUUUCUGACAACUUCCUUGCUGCAUUCAGGUGAGUCCCAGGUUUCUUGGGCUGUCUCACAAUACAAUCCCAGCUCCAAGUACUCUAAAAAAAAGAAUACAUUGGGGUGGGGAACUUUUUUUCCUCCCGAGGAGCGCAUUCCCACCUGGGCAACCAUGUGAGAGCCACAUGCCAGUGAUGGGUGGGACAGAAGGAGCAAGGGAACAGAGAACGAACGAGCCAUAUGGUUUCUACGCAUAAGAGGCAAUUUGUGGAGCUCAAGGUAACAUUCAGGCCAGACAAAAGCACAUAGGGUGUGAAGCAAGGCCAAGAAGAGGUGUGGCUUAUGGCAAGGGGGUGUGGCUCAAGGUUGAGUGUCAUGGGGAGUGUUCCGAUGGCCAGACACAAGGCUCAUCCACACUUCCAUUUGCCUGAUGCUUUCCCCCAAGAAAACCUGUGGCUUAGCGCUAAAUCAGAACAAACCACAAGCAGGUUUUCCAAGUUUGCCAGUUGUUCCGCUUUAAUGCUAAACAGUGGGUUUUAUGGGAGAAAGCAGUGGGGCAAAGGCAAAACCGCUUGGACCUGUGCCAAGAAAACACAGGAUAAGUGGAAAAUCACUCAAACAACCUGUGCUUUUUAGUCAAGGGACAAGCAGAAGUGUGGCUGAAUCCAGAGUGGCUAUUUACGCCCCUGCUUAAAACUCACCUAUUUACACGCAGGUUUUACCUAAAGGGUGAUCUCUGCUAUAUUUAAUGUAUUAAGCUGAUCUACUGAUUUAUUUAUUUUUUUACUAUAUUUUGUUUUAUGAAUGUAAUCUUACUGUGGAUCUUGCUGUGACUUUCUCGUGGUGAUGGUGGCGUAGAAAUCCUUGCAAAUAAACAAAACAACAUAGUUUAGUUGGGUUUUAGAAAAAGGGCCACGCACCAGUCAGUCCUAAAAAGAUUCCACAGAGUAGAAAGGUUUCCAGAGCAUGUCUAAAAAGGAGGAGGCAGCUUGGUGCAUCUCUCGGGAGGGAAUUCCACAAUUGUGGGAUCUGUAUCUGUCAGUCAAACAAACAUUUGCUAAUGUCAGGCCAGAGGACAAGGUUUCCGAUUCCCAGCUUGGGCCUCAAAUAGGUGCAUUUGCAUGCAGGUUUAACUGUGGGUUAAACCACAGAGCCUAGGGCUUGCUGUUCAGAAGGUUGGAGGUUCGAAUCCCCGCAACGGGGUGAGUGCCCGUUGUUCGGUCCCAGCUCCUGCCAACCUAGCAGUUCGAAAGCACGUCAAAGUGCAAGUAGAUAAAUAGGUACCGCUCCGGUGGGAAGGUAAACGGCGUUUCCGUGCGCUGCUCUGGUAGUCAUGCUGGCCACAUGACCUGGAAGCUGUAAACAGGCUCCCUUGGCCAGUAAAGCGAGAUGAGCGCUGUAACCCCAGAGUCGUCCGCGACUGGACCUAAUGGUCAGGAGUCCCUUCACCUUUACUUUACUCCUUAAUAGGCAGCUCCCCGUGUUUAUGUCUAGAUAUUAUGUCUAAUUCCUGUGCCUCAAUUUAUCCACUCCCUCUGUAGAUGAAAGCCUCAGAACGUACGACCUGCCCGGCAGCGGACGAGAGCGCCUUGACUCUGCCUACCACGAUUAUGCCGAGCUCCAGAGUUUCCACAGCGACUUCAGUUACGACAACAUAUGGGAGACCGAGGCGAAGGGCUCGGGUUUCCGACGGACGGUGCCAGUCUCUGACAACGAGAUCUACCAUUGCUGAAAGGGGGGAGGAGAGGACUUGAGACCUACCACUGCUUAAAAGGGGGUGGGGGUGAUAUGAAGCACUGAGGGCAGCAACAAAGAGCUUCAGAAAGAAACAUGGCUGCCUGCCUCUCCUCUGCUCCUCUUGCUUUUGUUGCUGGGGCAGUAUAAGGAUUGGAAAAUUGAGCUCAAGGCUAACCGGGCUCCUCUUUUUUUUAAAAAAAAGAAACAAAAUGCUCCUCUGGAAGUAAGAAGUUUUUGUAUCCUAGAGAAGGCAGUGGCCCUUCCUGUUACUUGUAGGCACACUUUUAUGCUUUGAUUUGUUCCUUCACUUCCUGUUGUGGUGCUAUGAGAAACAGGUCUGGAAAAGGAGCCUGGGCUUUCAGUGAGAGCAUUCCACCCCCCCAUCCAAUCCACUGUGCCUGCAUUUGUGGACUUGCAGUUGGGACACUGGACUCUUGAUAAUGGCUAUGAAGAAAAGAAUAAUAAUAAUAAAAAACAUCAGCCCUGCACUCCUCAUUGUUGCAGCUGGUGGAGACCGAAGCCCACAUUUUUGCAUCUGACCAACGAAUCUUGCCAUUUUAUGCAAGAAGAGGAAGAAGAAAAGUCACUUGCUAGCUACGACAAUUUUUUGGAGGGGGAGGGGGAUGUGGCAAGAGAAGUAUUAUGAAAACAAGGGAAAUGCUUAGUCUAAAAUGAAGGUGUGCUGAUGGGUAUAUAUAAUUGAAAAUGUUAAACUGCAACACCGGCAGAUGUGUGCAUCAGGGAAUGGUACUGACAGCCACUUCCUAUCCUCCUGAUGCUUUAGUGCUUACCAGGGAAACCCAGACCUCUGCCUUUUUGGAAUAGCAUGUUCCACAAUAAGCAAGGAGGCUGUGCCUCCCUUGAUCAUGUGCAGAAUGUGAUUCAUUCGCAACGGCCACCUGGGAAAGAAGAGGCAGAGCUAGUUCUUGCCUGCCUAAGACCCAUGUGGGUGGAAGACGCCCAUCCAAUGCCCAGGUGAAUAUGCCCUGUUCAAAUGUUACACAGUUCACUGCUGGGUGUUGCACCUCCUGUGUGCCUGCAGCUUACAACGUUGUGCCAGGACCUCUUGGUUUUUGCAGCACUGCAAGUGAGCAAAUUUCAGAAUAAAAGGUGGUGGUCAUGUCUGGGCCACCAGUGCCAACACUGAGGCAGAUAGUCACAGUGGUCAUGCAGGGAGAGGAACUGAGAAGGCGGGUGCUCUGGUACUCAGUUGAGAGGUUUGCUGGGCCUGGCGUGGCCCCCUGGAGCCUCGGGGAGGAACCGUGUGUUGAGCAGCGAUGGGGGACCACUCUGGCCUUCCUGGUGAUGUUGAGAUCACUGGGAGUUCUGUUUGCCCAACAGCAUUUGGACAGUCCAAGCAGUUCCCCAUCCUUGCUUUAGAAAAGAGUGCUUUUGCAUCCAAAGGAGCUGGUGUGGGCUUGCAUUUAUCAUUCAUCCCAGGCUCCAGUACCAACUUGGUGGGACAGACAAGCUCUGCAAGGCCACAAAUCUUCGGGUUCCAAAUUCUGAAACCCACAGCAGGGACCUGCAACCAAUUAGGUCAAGUCUGCUUAUAUUAUUAUUUAUUAUAAAUUGCAUUUAUACCCCACUGUUCCUUCAGGGAGUUCAAGGCAUGCCAUGCCUAGCCCCUCCUUUCAUUGUCCUAGCAAUCCUGAGUUUCAGUGGCCUUUGUGACUGAGUGAGGAUUUGAUCCUGGAGCUCCCAGACUUUGAUCCAGCACUCUUAACAAUUAAAACCUCACUGGAUGAUUUAUUAUGUUGUGGUGGUACCACAUCAGGAAAGGGCCUGGUGUGUCUUCUUUACUUGAACUUUUUAUAUAAAUAAAUAAAAAUAAAUAUUACUUUAAACAGACGGCAACCAGCGAAGUUUACAUGUAGUUUUUGUUUGUUUGAUGUUUUAUUUAAUAUGUAAACACGGGUGCCUUGGGGCAGUGGGAGAGGAAGAAAUGCUAUUCAAUUGUGUGAUUGUUGACAAAACUCUGUGGAGUGCUCCUGGAACUGCCUUGCAUCUUUCCAGCUGGUCCAGAGUUACACCAACUUGGGGAUGCUUGUUUCUGUACAGUAUUUGAAACCACAGGUCUUCUUUUUUUUUGUUUUUUUAAAGAAGGGGUAGCUUUAGACCCAGUGAGAGUAGGUUUUUUUCAAAAAAAAUAAUAUUAUUUUUACAAAGCAGAAGUAGGAGCACAUAAAAAUACGGUGGGUGUCAAAACAUUCAGGGCUCAGACCACAGCUGCAUUAGACCCAUUUUCAAAGAUUUUGCGGAGAGGUUGCGUUUGUGUGUUUGUAUAUGUGUGUGCGUGUGUGUAUAAGGAGGGGCGAGGUAUUGUAGCAAAGUUGCAAACGUAAUGGAUUUUACAUGCUGUACAGUUCUCUUGACACUUUCUUGGAAGACCAUACUGCUAAUAAAGUUAAUAUAUGUAACAGUU